AUGAAUGUGACUCAAUGUUUUGAAUAUGCAGCCCCUACUAAAGUGCAGCUCUACAAGCGGGUGCCUAGCUCACAUAUACCUAAAGCCGAGUCUGGUUGAAACAUAUAGGUCGUGGUUUCAAGUUUUUAAGUACUGAGUUAGGAAACAAUUGUUUUUGGUUAAUCCGAAUACUAUUUUAUUUUACUUUAGUAAAACCGCUCCUCUCAGAAUCUAAUAACUAGUGAUGCACAAACGAUAUCCACCCGAUUUUCAAAGAACAAAUUUUAAUUCUCUUCGAACUACCACGAGAAUUUCAAAUUUAUAUUAUUAAAUUUAGUUCCAAAUCAUAGGUACAUGUGCAUAAUGUACGCAUUUUUUUUCUAAAGGUAUCGAUUUGUCAAUAUUAAUUAGUUUUUAUUAUUUAUUCAAUUAAUACAAAUAAAUAUAUUUUAAGAAGAAGAAAAACACAUACUUGUUGGCUCGAUUGGAAAUUUAAUCAUUAAUUUCAAUUAGUUGUUUUCCCUGAAACUACCCAAAGAUCAUUGAAGCAGUCAAGUAUUUAAAUGAUAUUCCGUAUCGUUGAUGAUUUUCUGUCUAUCAGUUGGUACACUAACGAGUGUUACUAAUAUUAAUUAAGUGCACGUAUUUGUCGAACUGAAAAAUUAAAUAUUGUUUUGCACUAUAUAGUAGGCGUGUCCGAAACAUAAAACUUCAAACACAGGAAAAAUAAUAAACCACUAAAGUCUACCAAACAAAAAAAUAAAAAUAAAACUGAAUUUUGUACGUAAUUAUGUGGUAAUUACGCAAUUUUAGAUUUCGAGCGGAUGUUUAAUUAGUUAAUGGACAAUUUAAAUGAGCUCUACUUGGAAUCGUUUUUUUCCACGUGCGAAAUUUGAACUAAUGUGAAAUUUGUCAUUGUAUUCUAAUAUUUAAACCUUAAAUCGUUCUAUUUUCUUCUAUAACUUACUAAUAAGACAUUGUAUGCUUAAGAAACGGAUCCAGAUCUUCAUUUUGGGAGAGGCAAAACAUUUACCACAUUGAAACUUGAUACAUAUAUAAUUUACUACAAUACAAGAAAAAAAAAAUACUACAUUACGGUGUUUUGGCGGUGGUCGUUUUAGACCGAGGUAAUCAUUUUGACCAAAACUAAAUACAGUUUAUUAUAUAGUUAUAGCUAAUAGCGUCUAGUUAUAGUUAAUAUAGUUUGUUUGGGUGACUAUCAUUAACACCGUUUGGACGAGAUAAAUUCCAUUUCAAAAAUAAUCCCUAAUGAUCUUCGAAAAGAAAUCACAGUAUAAAGACAGUUUUUGCAAGAAACUCAAGAUAAAUACAGAAGUGGUGGUGAUGUUGACCAACUACAAUAUAUCAAAUGCCUAGGUUUAAAAUACCAGGUCAAUAGGUUACAUUUAAAAUUCAUAAUUAUCUUAUAUUGUGUAAUUUUAUUUACUAUUUUUGCAGUACUAUUCAUACUCAUUUGUCCAAACUGUGCAUAAAGGACCGCAUUUUAGGUAGAUUCACCCAAACGAUCAACGCCACGGUGUUUGAAAAGGCGUCAUUUAUUUGGACGAAUGACACAAAAUUUACCUGUGAAAAUCAUACACCAUUUGAGCGAAUUUAUCUUUGUAUGCUGUACGAUUUAGAUUAGUUGUAAUUUGUAAGUAAAUAUUAUUUAGUGUACAACAACUUUUAUAGUAUUUACUGUAUAUUAUUUUAUCGUCUAGACUCAUAGGUCAGUGGUUUUUACGUUCUGACUAUAUCUAAUCUAAUCAGAUAAAAAAUUAUAAUUUUCAGCAUUUACCUAUUUGUAUGAUAAAUUCACUAAGGGUAAUCGAUAUACGUAAAAAUAUUGAAUAGUGACAAUAUCUAUUAUUUAGUCCUCAUGUCAUUUCUGUCGGGGCAAUACCUGUAUAAUUUUUAAAAAAAAGAAAGAAUAUUUUGAGAGAAUGGAAAUAAACCAAUUUGUAUUUUUUGUGUCUUUUAAAAUUGUAUAUUGUAUUAUUAUAUGUAUUUAAAUGUAUUAUAUGUAUUUUAUAAAUUUUGAUUUGAAAAAGAACAUAAUACACUUAUAGUUAAAUGCCUAAACUGGCGGUAAGCUUAUAUUUGUGAGACAGUGGGUAUAAAUAUUUAAAAUCCAAUAUUUUGAACUUCAAACACUAUAAACAUAUAAUAUAAGGUCGCCCAAAUGAAGUUUUUGACAUAUUAAAAGGCAGUGUAAAUUUCGCCCAAAUAAUAUAUUGUAUAAAUUCGCCCAAACGAUACAUGAUUUUGGGUUGAUUCGCCAAAAUGAAAACCGCCCGUUUGAAGAGGUGUAGCAAAAAACCCUUAUCGUCGUCCCCUUUGGAUCCACCACUGGUAGGGGGUCUACCGUGUUCGUUUUCGGGUUUCGAACAAUACCUAUCGUACCUACGCAAUAUCGACCGAUUGUGAUGAUAAUUUCAAAAGAAAAUUGAUAACGACGUUAUUCGUGAACGUGAAACGACGUAGGUACGUACAUAAAAAUAAUAAAAUUGUUUUUUAAUUUUUAUUUUAUAGGUACGACGAGAAUCCGCGACGUCGACGACGACGAAGACGGCUGCGUUGUAGAAUGGCGGUCCGCGAGGAGGGGACACGAGAAGGUUUUUACGGUUACGACGACGAGAAGACAACACAAACACCUGUUAGCCCGGAUUCCCACCACGAGUCACGUCUCCGCCGAAAACCUCGUGGCACGUAUCGGCGGCGGCGACGACGACGAUCGGCACUCGGCGUUGCGUUCAGUCUCGUCUCGCGGCACACCGGUGAAACUGAUUCCGUCGCGUUCGUCCGCUGCCUCCGCGUCGGUGUCGUCGUCGUUUGGUUACAGUGCGCGCGCGCGCGCGAAAUUCUACGUCCGUUUAUAGUAAUACUCGCCCGUCAUCAUAUACGCAAUUCACAAAAAAAAAAACAAAAACAAUAAGUAAUUGAUAAUACUACGCACGGCAUUUGGGUACCGGCGGUAUCGACUGCGCGUUAACAUCGGCAAUUAUUUUAAUCGUUAAUACAUCCGUCGUUUCGUUUUUCUACGUCGCGCGGCGGUAGUAUAUUUUUUAUUUAAUUUAAUUUUUUUUUUUUUUCGGGUUUCGUCGACAUAUUUUUACUCCCCCCGUCUCCUCCCCCCCCCGUCACCGUCCCCUCGCCGACCCGAAGAUCGGGUUCCGCGGACAAUAUAAUAUAAUUGCAGCCGACGGGAACCGUAACCCUCAAAGGGACCGCACACAUUACGCAGGUAAGCGGCAUACACACACACACACACACACACACACACACACAUAUACACUACACUCGUUUUUAUAAUAUUAUUAUAUUUUUAUCAUACUAUAUAAUUACAAUAAUUUAAGAUUGGAUAUUUUGUAACGUGUCUGUAACGCCACGGGGCUCUCCCGGCGAGUUCUAAUACGACAAUAAUUACCUGUAUUACCUGUAUUACCUAGCUGCGUCGUAGACGCGAUGUUCCCGCGUAAACGAUUUCGGCCGACCGUACGAAAUUCCGGGGCGUAAAAAUAAUAAUAUAAUUCGUCUUUUUUUUCGGCGAACGAAAACAAAAAUGGUUUGCCUGGGAAUCAUCGAUGAAAUCGAUUGUUAAUGUUGAUUGUAACGGUCCCUGAUCGGUCUCGAGAGGACGUCACACCGGCUUCUACUGUCCGCGUCUUAUAGAAUUAAUUUUUAAGCGUGAUAUAAUCUAAACAGUGAUAUUUCACAUAAUUAUUAACACAAUUAUUCAUAUCUUGUUUGAAAAUCAAAAUAUUAUCGAAAAAAACAUCAACGCUGGUGCACGGAUAGGUCUUCUUACAUUUAAAUUGUAAGACACAACAUUCGUCCUGCUGAACGUAAAUUUGGUAAGUCGUCCGGAGACAGUAAAUGCGAGUGCGACGUCAUCUUAAAACAAAAAUGAAAUCAUCGGAAAUUUCGUCGCGGUUAUAGUACCUGCGUUUCAUCUCCGAGACAACAUGCGUUGCAAUAAUUAAAAAAAAUAAAAAUACAAUAUUCAAACCGUGUGUUGAAUAAUAUGUAACCGCACAAGUUCCGAUUCUUUAGGCGAAGGAGAAUAUUAUCAUUAUAGUUGGAAAAACAUAAACUUGAUUAAGAACAGUAUUAUCGCCUCGACGAUUGGACAUGUCGGGUGUUUCGCCCCCAAAGCGUAUUGAAACCCUACCGAAAAAUGAUAUUUUUUCACCCUGUAUACUCGCGAGAAAAGCGGUUAUCCCUAUCGUUUUAUGGCUUUAUUGACGUGUUCGCUGCAAUUUUGCAACGGAACUUGGAAUAUACUGAUAUAAAUUAUAAUCAGAAUUCGUCGUUACGGUUCGUAUUAGCUGAUAAUACUCGAUAAAUACCGACAUCUAUAACAUACGGCUUCGUGUAAAAAUUGAUUUGUUUUGAUAAUAUAUCUAAUAUACGCGUUAAACGACGAUGAACGUAAAGAUACCUGAAGAACGUAAUUUCGUCUAUUUUCAACAAUAUUAUUAUUACGUAAGAGAAAAAAAAAAUUAUUCCAUCGUACUUAUAAAUAUUAUUUUUAUAAUUGUGAUGACGGGUGUGAUAAUAAUAUUACAUCCGUAUGACUUAACGCACGAGCCGGACUGGCUCUGCCCGUUUUAAAAAAACCAAUACAAAGUAGAUCAAUAUUUUAUUAAAAAUUAGCUUUCCUUUCAAGGGGCCUCGUCAGUCGUCACCAACAUUUGUUUUUUUUUGUGUCUGCCUAGUGCCUCGCGCGUAAAUGCGUAAUAUAACAAAGGCAAUCCGCGUUUUCCCGUUUUCGACUCUCUGGUUAAAUUUAGGGCUAAUAAACCUAUUAUAUAUUUUAUAAAGAAGAGUAUAUUGACAAUGGAUCCUAUGAAUUAUUUUAUUAAUAUUUUCAUUUUUUCAUCAAUAUAUACGUGUUUUAAUUUACGCCACGAAUAAUACAUAUUAAAAAAUCCAAAUAUUAAACAAAUUAUUCGUAGGAUCUGCAGUAAAUACUCUUUUUUAUGAAUUGUAUAAAAAGUCCUUUUGCUCUAAAUGCGACCAGAGAGUCACGGUCGUGGAAAUUUAGAUUGACUUUCUUACUAUAUUACCUACAUACGAGACUGGCAGGGAAAACAAAAUGCUAGUGACAAGAACUUUUAAUAAUACUUUAUUGAUUCAUUUUCAAAUUAUCGGUCGUUUUCGUGUUCCAUUACCAUUGCAACUCCCUGGCCGUUUUAUAUUUCGUGUGCGUAAUGCGUAGCUAUUAAAAAAUAUAUUAUGUAAACACGCGGUAAUUAGAAGAUAACUUACAAACGCUUCACGAACAUGUGACGGGAAAAGUUAGUAAUAGAAAUAAUACUCAAUAAUCGAUAGAAAAACCUAUAUAGGUAACCUAUACCUAUUCCGAACUGUGGUACAAUCAGAAUUAUCAUAAAUUCAUUUUUCUGAGAUAUGAAAUAAUUUUUAUUGGAUAUUGGAUAUCUCGAUACGAUUGUUGAAAAAAAGCAAAAAGAAAACACAAGUACCUAUACUUUGUAAGGGCACUAGCUAUUAUAAAAUAUCGAAUUUUGUUCUAACGUUUCGAAUGUGAAACCGAAUACAAUACUUAGGCACAAUACUAGUUUUUACUGUGGUAACCGUGAAAUGAACAAAUAAAAUCUUUUCGUCGAGCACCUUUUUCGUUUUUCAUUAAAAUAGCUUCCAAGUUAUAAUAUUUUCGGCCGCAAAUUUCUAGAGAACUUAACUGUUUUUUUUGUCUUCCUUUUUUCGAAUUACUAUGAUUAUAUAACGACAAGCGUAUAAUUUGAGAAUCACGGGUAGGUAGGUACCUAUAAAAACGAAUUAAUAAUAAUUUCCGCCCGAGUGUUUUCCGCAUAUAAAAACGUAAUACAUGUACUUAUAGAAAAAAAAAUAGUUAAUACAAGUUCAUCUCGAACGCGUGACUCGACUCGCCCUCUCGCGCGUUUGGACCCGCACGGCCGAAACACGAGUGUCGGUAAUUUCGUUUCGAAAAAAAGUAAGAAAAUUAGUGUUGAGAAAAAAAAGUGCGUAAUCGCCCGGGCAUAAUAACGAAAAAUCGUCGUAGUACUCGCGGCUAAAUGAAUAGGUACAAAGUCCAUUAAGAGAGUAUAGUCGCACGCCCAGUAUUUUUAAGGGGUAGCGUAUAGGUAAUUUUAACGGAAUUUCAGUGGUCGAUAAACAGCGAAAGUGUACAUAUUCAAAAAUAUACGUGCGAAAAUGUACCCUUCUAAGCGAUUUUACCGAAUAAAUCGUCGACGAAACGUCCUAUACAGUGUACAGAGUGUUACUAUAUUAUAAUGUAAGUACAUACCUAAGCGAUUUUUUCGCACAUUAUACCGUACUCGUAAAACAGCGCAAUCAAAAACAACAUUCUCGAGCAUUGGCGGAAAUUGUGAGAGGGCUUAAGUGGUCAAAGCCUGCUUAAAACGUAUAAACAAAAAAAAUAGCGCCUUUUAAAUUAGUAGUUAGUAAUUAUAGUAAUAAGUAAUUAAUAAUUUGAAGGGGACUGAUUUCUCUGUUUAUAGGUUUUGAGUGGGCUUAGACCCCACAAUUUCCGCCAAUGUUCUCGGGGUAUCUAUAAUAUUGUAUUAAAACUUGGUCCGUAGGAAUUAAAUAUUUAGGCGCACGUGUGAUAGGUGAUUCCCUUGCGGGUCACUCGGUCGUUGUGGUUUUCAACGGCUGUGUUUAUAGUCGUUUAUUUUUUUCGUAUUACCUUUAUAGUAUAUAAAUAAUUUACAUAUAUUUUUUAACAUCGUUUGUUUUGUUGUGUACGUUAGGCGUAUCAGUACCUAUUUUGUUUGUUUAUUGUUUUGUGUGUGUAAUGCGUGUAAAACCAAAGACUAUACACGUAGGUAUUGUAUUUGUUGAAACUGUUGCGGGCAGUUGAACGCAUGAAUGAAGCUGAUUGAAAACGACGACCCACAUGCAUUGUGUUUGCGGUAGUUAGCCGUUGAAAAUACUUUUAUUAUAAUAAUAAAAUAUGUGUGCACGUUCACAUAUUAUUAUUAUAGGCGCCCCCGGGAAGAAAAAAAAUAAUAUAACGGAGCGUAUCGUUAAUAAACACAAGCCGAUCCUUCGUAUUUUUACUACAUUAUUAUUUUCAGCUGUCAAAAACCGUUUUUUUUUUUUUUUUAAUUUUUGUGAAAAAAAUGCCUUCUUUCAUAAAUAUCGAAACGUAAUUCCUCGGUUGUUUUGCCAAUUUUUAAAAGUAAAUAAGUGUUUUUUAAUUUUAAAGUUUUAUAAUCUGAUAAAGUUCUAAUCAUUGAAAGUAGUAUGAUCUUUCGACUUACCAAUAUUGAACGUCCGACAAAGUGAUUUAUAAAUAAUUAUUUCAAUUGUUCGUCGAAUUCGAUUCGAACAUUGUGGCGGAUGUAUUGUCCGUUUAAACAUCUUUUCCGCUUUUUUCGAUUUUAAUUUCUCCGAAAAUCGAACUUGUAUCUCAUAUAAUUAUUUAAAUGAAAUUAUACUAUAUAAAUAGUACUUAUUUUUUGAGGUUAGGUGUAUUUCUUAGAUAGCGAGUUCCAACGUGUUGAAAAACUACAUAAUUUUCUUAUAUUACCUAUAAAAUAAACGGUAAAAAUCCAAUUUUAGGGUAUACAUAUGCAAAUCAACAUUUUUUGUAAAGUAUUCUUUUUUUCACAUCGAAAAACAGAAGGGGUAUUAAUUUUAAAAUCAAACGUUAAUAUUCAUUUAAAGUACACUUAGGGGUAAGGGUAAACAUUUUUAAAUAAAGCUUAAACAAUUCGAUAAGGAUUGAAAAAAAAAACAUAAAUCAAAUUUACGUGAACCUUCGAGGAAAAUCGUUGAAACGUAACAAAAUAAUCACUCUGUAUAUACUUUUGAUCGGUCACUAUCGGUCAAAAUAAAACGUAUACAUUUUUAAGUACCUAUUAAAGUCGUACAAAUUCAACAUUUUAUGAAAUAUUUGUAGUUCACGAUAUACGUGUGUGGUACUUUUUACAGAAAGAUAUAUAUGAACAGUGAAAACUGGAUUUUUCCGAAAUAAAAAACGCCAGUUUAAUAAAACAUCACGAAAUAUUUAUUAUGUUUACCUACAAUCGAUGAACCGGUCGAUCGACUUUUGGCAGACGAUUUUCGUUGAUUAUAUUACCUAUUAUAAAAAACGAAAAUUGCGGCCGAUUAUAAAAAUCAUCCGACACUCACCUAUUUGAAACUCGUGAUAUAAAAAUUCGGAAAUUAUGUUCAUUUUUAAAAACGGCACGUGAGCAAAUUGUUUUGUAGAAAACAUACAUGUUGUUAAUGUGGGCAAUCUAAAUAAAAAACCAUAUUAAGAGUACCCUAUCACUAACCUAUCACAGUAUCAACUCUCUACAUAUUAUAUGAGCACUUAACCGUUACAAUACAACCCUAUGAUCCUUUUAAACCCCCAUCAGCUAUAUGCAACGUGUAGCAACAAAUUGCUACGAUUUAACGAUAUAAUAUGUAGUUUGGGGGCUACUGGUAAAGUCUACCCCGAAAAGUGUAUUUUGCGUGGAUAAUAAUAAUAAUGUAGUUGAUAAUAUAAUACUGCUUUUUGACUUAAAAUCACUAAUACAUAUAACAUUUCCUUCGUCGUAUUUUAAUUUUUAAUUUUAUAUAUCGAUUACUGUCGAUCAGUGUUUUAUAAAGAUAAAUUGUAAAAUAUCUAGGUCAUUGCUGGAAUAAUUAUCUAGAAAUAAUUUUGUUCAUUAUACCUAUUAUACAACUAAAUGUUUGACUAAAAGUAAUAAUAGUGUUUCAGAUUUGGUACACAUCUAUAUUUCAUAAAGGUUAUUGUGUGAUUGAUGUAACUAAUUUAUUAAAAUAUAAUAAUUUCAAUUAAAUAUUUUACCUAUAAUUUCGUAUAAAUAUUACGGUUUAAAAAAAUGUAUCUAGGUAGUUCAAUUAUUUAUUUCAGAUGACAUAAUAUUUCUCAUUUAUCUUGAUAAGAUAAAAGAUAAAAAAUGUACCUACCUAAAUAAAACACAACACUGGUGUCUGAUACAUAUGUGAUAUUGAUAUCGGAUAACCGGUCUGUUUACCUUGGGUGUUAUUUAUCAGAAACGUAUACCUAAUAUGGCAAUAAUAGAUAGUGACUUAUUUGAACAACACGGUUUUUACUCUUUACCUAUUUAAUAUUUCAAGUUCAUUUUUCUGUUCGAGUCGGAAACGUAAACAAAUACAUUAUAAAAUCGAUUUUUAAAUUCAGAGAGAAGCUCUGGUUUUACUUUACUAUGUUGCUUCUUUUUUGUGUGUCUGUAAACAACUUUUCUACUAGCAAUCUUGUUUCAAUCAAAUACUUUAUAGAAAAUUUGUUUGUAGAACUUUAGAUCUUGAUAUUAUUUUUUGAUUUUCCUAGUAGUUUCUUUUUAAAUAAGGAAAAUAAUAAUUUUUUGUACGAUGUUUGUUGAUUUCUGGGUUACUUUAGCUACAAGAGGAAAAAAUACGACUAAUAAAACUCUAUUCAGAAUUCAGAUAGCCUCUCUUUGAACUUCCUUCCUGAAACGGUGGCACAUCCAUCAGUUGAAUUAAUUUUUUUUUAAAGGAGUUUGUAUUAACGCCUUAAUAUUGUGAGGUAAAUCGUUAUCGUAGGUACAUACACGAGUAUAAGAUGUCAUAAAAAUAAAAUGGCAAAAAUGUAGAUUUAUUUUGCACUAGAAAAUAAAAUAUUGUAUGCCUGCCGUCCUGCAGGAUCGCCGAAACAGUCGACCGAACCCACGAUUUCACGGCUGAAAAUUGAAAUAUUGUACCAGGAAUUCGUGAGCAGAUAAAUAAAACUUAUUUAUUAUUUUUUAAAUACGGGGAAUUUAGACAAAAUUAUUAUUAUUACUAUUUAUUUUUUUUAAAUCGUAAUCGCGUACAUUUUCCGUAGUCGUUGAUGUCGUUCGUUGUUCUCGUCACGUGACCUUUUACCGCCGCCGCGCUGGACCGUUCCCUAAAAAAACUAGUCGGCCCGCCGACCUUCGACGGCAAUUCCGAAAAACAAUUUUCGAAAACCUUAACGUCAUCACUAAUUAUUAAUGGCCGUUUUCUGGACCCGUAUAUACCUACGACUAUACAUCACGAUAAUAUUAACCCGUUUCCGGCGGCGAAGUUUGAAUCCGCUUCGGAUAAGAGAGGAGCUGGGGGAAGUCAUCAAUCAACCGGUCACGUCGAUCAAAAAGUCUUCGCCGACGACGGUACGUUUUAUAUUAUUACGUAUUUUCGUUUUGCUCCCCGUGCUUGUCUUUUGUUCGCGUCCGUGGCGGGUUGUUUCGAGGUCAUUGUGGUACUUCUUUGCCUUGCAUACGCCCAUUAUAGGUGAGGUUUUCGACCCUGUAUUAGGUCGGUGGCUAAAAGUAUACUUCGAAAGGUGGUAGUAUAAUAUUUAUAAAUACUCAUACAAAAAACCGAUAUACUUCGCAGUUUGCACCAUGGUUAGGCUGAACUUAUUUAAAGGUAGAAAGACGAAAAGAACAAAUAUAUAUGACGUAUACUAAUGUAAACAACGUGAAUAAUUGGAAAAAAAACCUCGAUUUUGCUGGUCAAAUGUGGUGAAUUGUGGGAAAUGUUGAAAAACGUUUCAAAUAUAGAAAUUAAGUACUGCUAAAAUCAAAAAUUUAAGGUAAUCAGUAAAAAUAUCGGAGAAUUUUUACCAACUAAAAAAUAUAAAAUAACCAACUAUGUAUAACUAAUUAGUAAUUAUAAUGGUGAGCCGAUAUUACAUUUUUUUCCAAUAUUUGAUACCUACACCGAUAUAAAACCAAUACCCAAUCUGAUAUUUAAAAUCUACUAUUUUGUUGACAUUGAAAUUAACCAAUGUAUCGAUUGAAAAUUCGUUAUACGAUGUAGACGUAAGUCCAGUAUAACUAAUAAUGUAAUACAAUCAACUGCAAAUUUGUCAUCGACCCGAACCUUGCGAACCGUGAGAUUUAGAGACCAACAAUUUUUUACAUAAGUUCGCCAAAUUUAUUUAUAACAUCCGCACUGAGGAAGCAAUUUUCCAAAUCCAAUACCUCUAAAGGUUAUAAAUUGUCAGUUGUUUUUUGGCGAUAACUCUGCCAAGUAUAAGUAUACCUAAUAAUGUACCCUCGCCAGACAGAUAAUCGUGUAUGUAAUUUAUCACUAUUUCGUUGUAUCAAAUGAAAUUACAUUGAACAAAUUAUUUUUUUCUGCCAGUACCAAUAUGAUGUGGUACGAGUGUACGACACCGACGACGGGGUUACGGUAGGUAGCGUACACAAUGUAUUUUGUACGAAUGUAGGUAGUAGGUACCUCAUCAUUCAAACGAGAGAUACGUUUUGUUGGUGAGUGUGUGUGUGUGUGUGUGUGCAUUCGUUUUUAAUAAUGGAACGCCCGUGAGAAAAAUUUGUUUCCACGUAUACAUUACUUUAUACAAACGAAUCGAUUUCAACUUUGGCCAAAGUACCUAUAUUACUUGUAUAGUAUAAUACAGAAAUGUAAACAAAUGUACCUACCUAUUAAAUAUACUUUUAACCAAAACGGAGUGAUGCGUUGCGUGCAUGUAAUAUUAUUAUUCUGCAAUCUGCAUGUGUGUCACGCGGUGAUUUUGGACGCGUCGCAAAUUCGAUUGCCUUGUGCAACACUCCGUUCGUCGGAUCCCACGAAUCGUGUGCGAAUACGUCAAAACUUCCGUAGAAAUCGUUUUUUUUUUUAUUAUUUUUUUUUUUUUAUUAGAUUCUGAGUGAAGCGAACUAUGUACUGUCGUGUGUUGUUUUUGUUGUGUCUGUAAACAAAUAAAUUGCCCUCUAUAAAUUAUGCUCCAAUCAAAAACGUUAUAGGAACUUUCUUAUAAUAUUUUUUAUCUAGUUGGUGCAUUGGUAGUGUCAUUUUUUGAUUUUUCUUGUGGUUUUCUUGAUGAAUUGGAAAAACUAUCAACAAGGGAAAAAUACGACUAAUACUAGUAUUAGUAAUUCCUAUCUAUUCAGAAUCGUUUUCCGUGAGCAAUUGAUUAUCGUUGCAUAUAGACAUAAAUUAAAUUACUCUAUAUAUGUUUCCUUCCAAUUUGUCUCCUAAAACAGUAACACAUUUUUCAACAGUAUCGCCUUUUUUCUCCCCGUCUGUUGCCAAGAUUUUUACACAAAAGACAUAUUGUCUUCUAAUCAAAAACUUCGUGGGAGCUUUCUCGUAUAUAUCAUUUUAAAUCAUUCUGGUUCAUUGUUGUGGCCAUCAUAUUUUAUCUAUUUCCCGCUACUUUUAUAUACUUUUAGUAGCUCUCUCUAGGCCAAAUGAGCUCAAACUCACAUCUAAAGUUUAAUAAUCAUGAAUUGUUAGACCCCGAAAUAACAUGCGUUUCCUGUAAAACCUAAGAAUUUCGGAAGCAAAUCUUAACAAAUCUUAGAUAAUAUUUACUUUCAAAGCGAAUUUCUCGAAAUCUGAAUAUUCUGUGGGACCUGAUUAAAUAGAAAUAACAAUAGUAUUAAUAGUAUAGUAUUGAAUGUUAAAGCACAUCGAUAUAGUAAAGAUUACCGAGGACGGUCUCGAAAUACAAAAUACGAAAAGAAAUGACACAAAUCUCUUGGCCUGGACGAAUGUUUGCAUUAAGAUAAACAACAACUAGUGGAUAUUAAUAAUAAAAAUUAAAUACAAAUUUAACACAUCUUUGAUGAUAUUUUACAUACGAGCACAGUGACGUGGUAUUGUUGUUGUAGAAGUAUAAUUAUAGUAUAGUAUUAAAUGUAUAAUAUUCGGUUGUUUAUCAUUUUACAAAGAAUUAAUUAUUUCUAUAAUACAAAAAUAGGUGGCGGGAAAUUUAGCUCUACUGACAGAGCUCUUGUACUUACGGGUGUAUUAGUGAUUUAUGUGAGUACAAUUUUUUUUUGGCUCAAUAAAAAACGUAACGGUUUUUUUUUCCUCUCGUGAUCGUGUUAUCCGGACGUAAUUAUCCGGCCGUUUCGUAAUGGAAGACCGGAAAGACAAUAAUAGUAAUACUUGGCCGUCGGCGGCCAAUAUCAAUAAUAAAAAAUGGAUUUAUUAUAAUAUAAUAUAACCGUUGCAGAGUCGUAUAAACUUGCGCAAAAUCGAUUAUACCUAUAAAUAUAUAAUAUAUAUACCAUCAAAUUGUAAUAUCUGCAGUUUGAAACUAUAUAGAAUUUUUCUAUACUCGGUGCAUUAGCGUAUUAUUAUUUUGAUCGACUAUAUCGGCCGUUAUUUAUUAUUAUUAUUAUUAUUACUUGUUUUUUUUUUUUUUACUCCGUUAUUAUUUCGCGGCGGCGGCGGCGUUUACCGUGAAAACGGUUUUGUUUCGUAACGCGCGCGCGCGCGUUAUGGAAAUAAUAAUCGCGAACUCGGACGACUCUCAUCGCGGGCUACGAUCUUUUAUUGCAUACAAAUGAUAACAUCGAACGGCACGCAAUACUAUGGCGGCGAAUACGUGUAUAAUAAUAAUAAUAAUAUUUAGUCCGUUCGAUCGAACCCGGAGAUAUGACGUAUUAUUGCGAACGACUACCAGCUAUGCACGGGGAAUCCAAGGUACCUAUAUAAAUAUAACAUAAUAUAGAUAACGAUAGCGGUCUUGCUUUGCGCAAUGUUGUGAACACGCGUAACAGCGCGACACACGAAUAGUCUUAUCAUUACCAUAAACAUUGCGUCCAAAACGGCGAGGCGAACACGUACGCCGGUACGCGUGUUUCGUUUGGCAAAAUGUUCUGGUACGUUCCGAGCGGUGAUAUAAGAGCGCCGGACUGCGACACGCGGAGGCGUAUCCGCAGUGCCGAGACUAGAAUUUCUGACGGCCGUGGUAAAAUAUUGUAUUAAGGUCCUAAAGGCUGAACCAAUAAGCACAAAAAAAAAAAUGGCCAUUCAAAAAGAUCCUCGUCUGUCCAAUAAUGCCUUGAGUCCUGGUCUAGGCUUCUGCUAGGGUUCUUAUCAGCUGUUGACUCGUGGUGUUUGCGCACCUUACCCGAACGAUAUUUACGCCACUACGUACCCGCAUGCGCUGUGUCCGUCUUGCGACACUCCACGGCGUUCGGCCGGGGCAACUUUGUGCUCGGAGUUUUCUGGCCAAAACGAAUAUCGACCUAUAAUCAAAUUUCAUACGGGUAUAAGAAGAACACUAUCCGUGCGACCCUUUUUUUCACCGAUAUUUUAAUUUAUAAGCGGUAUAAGCCAAUGCGAAUCGUCACGAUUGAAAAAUGCCUACAUAAUAUAUUCUAUAUUAUCACGGGUUAAAAAUUAAACUAAAACUUACCUACGUGUUUACACAGAUAACGUUUAUACUUCGAAGUUUGAUAAUAGGUCGUCGAUUCUCUCUAAUAUUAUAAAACAAACAAUGUUAUUAUUGCUUAACGCAAAUAUGCUAUGCCAUACGUUCGUAAGACAAACACAACAUAACGAAAUUUUCUAAAACGAUCGAAUUUACUUUGGAAUAAAUGUACAAUUAUUGUAUAUAUCGUCCAUUGCAGGUAAACAUGUUUCGUUAUCGCUUGUUCACGCAAAACAAAAAAUAAUUCCCUUCAAAGAGAAAAAUACGAUAUUUUUAAGACAGUGACUUAUCUCAAACAUAAGACGAACAAAUGUAUUGCUGUCCCCAAAAUAUUGUCUUCUAACGGUUUUAUAAUGACAUAAUAUCUGAAGCACUAUGUUUUGAUAAGAAAAAACGACUAUAAUAUGUUGUUUCCCACAAAAUAUUGUUUUCUUACGGUUUUAUAACAAACAGGCGUUUUUGUUGUAAAAUCACUUCAAACACGAAUCAUUACCAUUUUGGUCAUGUUUUUUUGAUGGAAAAUCGUGAUGAUGUUCUCGGACUAUGAAAACGGUACUUAUAUAAAUCAUUAUUAUUAUUAUUAUUAUUAUUAUAAUUAUCACAAAUUAUUGUUGUUUGGACAGUAGUGUUUCAAUUUAUGUAUACUACGGCGGAAAGGUCGAAUUUUUUAGCCUACCCGACCGUGUAAUCGGUGCGGCAUAAUAUGAUGAGAACGUCUCCAUUGAUAACAUCAUAUUUCACGGAUCUGUUUUACAUGAAAAAUCUCGACAUUUAAAUAUAGGUAAAUAAGUGUUUAUUUAUCUUCUACCGGUCUUACAACUCUCUGCGGAGAUUCCGCUGCUUCAUUCAACCACUCCCGGCAGAUUUCUUCGAAGUAGGUAGGGGGAAAGGGGGGUUCUCUCGUGAAAACACUUUUUCGAUUAGUAAAUAAAAAUGCUCCGAAAGUUUCGUACGCGGCCCCGAGAGAUUUGGAUAUUUUUCUAAAUACCCAAUUAAGUUUCAAAUUCCCAAAAUAACUUGAAAAUAAUCGUUAUAUCGGUUAGGUACUUAAAAGGCAAUUUUAAGCUAAAAAUAUUCAUUUCAAUAUUUUCAUCUCAAAUUUUAUAAUAAAUGUUUUAAAAAAAGUCAAUUUUAAACUACUUUUUACCAAUUUACUAAACUUUAUACCGUUAUUUGAAAUCAAAUAAAAAGUCGGUGUUAAAUGUGAGCUAUAGAAUUUUGUUUUUUAUAAAAUAAAAAAAAAAAAUGCAAUAUACAAUUAUUAUACAAAAAUUAAAUUGGCAAUGUCAAUUAUCUCUAUAAAUGGAUCUAUAUUCGUCGAUUAAUAAAGCGGUACUUUUUCCUCUUAAAUGAGUAUCUGACAGUAAAUUAGUGGAAAAGUACUAUCGACAUUAAGGUACUCAUUAAAACAUUAAACAUAAUUUUCAAAUUUUACAAAAUUGGAGAACAUUUGAUAAACCGGCAUCGCCAACCUAAAUUGGAACAAAUUUCGUGCAGUCGUGUGCUGUAAUAUUUAAAAAUUAAACGUACUUACGCAUUAAGUAACGUAAAGCAUAACAAUAAUUAUUAUAAUUUUCUUUAUAACAUAAGGACUAAACGCCUUGCUGCAGGUGCGGUGGAGAUGAUCGCCAUAUUCAGAACGACUACAUUACGUGAUCGCUGCAGGUGAAAGUGCAGUGAUUUACAUUAAGUAAAUAAUUUAAAUUAAUUACUAUCAAAAAAAAAAUUAAAAAAAAAAAAAUGUUUAAAAAAAAUACACAGUUCGCGGUUUUAAUUAUUAUAACGCGUAACAAUAAUAUAAUAAUCAUGAUUAUACAACAAUAAAAUAAUGCAAUUUUUCUAGCAGGAAACGUAAUAAACACCGCCGAGACGAAUAUUAUACCCAAUAUUAUUUUAUAAUUAUUGUGUGUGAACCAACUUGUGAAAAAAAAAAAACGUUUUAAAUAAAUCCAAUGGACGACGGCGAUGGGCUUUCACUGAAAACGCGAAUUUUUUUUUUUUUUAAGUGUGGUUUCCGGUGUUCUGUAAAGUGCUAACGGUCGCACAUUGUAUUUUUUUUUAUUUCUUUAUCUAGGCAUACUUGAGUACUAUGAAAAACACACGUGGGAUUUUGGUGUUUGGAGUAAUAAAAUAUAUAUAAUGCGAAAAAUCGCAAGAGAAAGAAGGAAAAAAAUGUAAAAAAAAACGUGAAAUCUCGUUUAGCGCCCGAAAAGUAAUCUGAAGAACAACGCGAAAUUAAUAGACUAUAACAUAGAAAACAUUUCCUUGUAUAUUAUUUGAAUAUCAUUCAGUGGUCCGUAAGUAUAAUAUAACAGUAAAUUUUAUCCAAAAACUAAAAAAAAUAUAUUAAAUAUAUUGUUUAUUGAUUUAAUGCAGAUUAGCAGCAGCAUUUGUUUUUUACUAAAAUCAUAUUAUUAUAAUUGUUUUUGUAGCUUAUCCUGAAACCUCUAUAGUAGUACACCUUUACUAAAUUGUCUUGGUAUACUUAGUUCGAAUUACGUUUAAUAAAUCUGGUUUGAAAUUAUUCGAUUUUUUGGUAAAUUUCUCUUUUUUCAGUACAUUUAUUGUUCAUCAAUUUUUGAUAGUUUUUUUUACUGAAUUUCAUUGCUUUUUGUGCGACCUAUAACGGAUUAAUCUGCAGCGUGAAAUAAUGCGACGGACGUGUUAAUAUUUUCUUUUAUGGUACCGUAUACACUAUGCACUACAAGACGAUAAUAGUACAAUACAAUAGUGACAUAAUAUAUACUGAUAAUAUUAUACAUAAAAUCGUGAAUUAUUUGUUUUCCGGGUCAAAAUUCUUAAAAGAAUGUGUCUGAUCGGCGAAACUGCAGUCGAUUGCCCCUCUCUCGCGGGAAGAAGAACCGUCUUUUUUUAUCCGGCCGAGCAUUACGCAUAUUUUAGACUCGUUUACUAUGUUUCUCAGCCACGGUCGUGACCGAUUGGAAUUCUCGUGUUGAUACGUAUAGCUCAUAAUUAUUAUAUUCGAAAAAUAUUACUCAUCACGGAUACAAACAUGAAAAAUUUGUUUCGAAUGGAUCAGUAAAAUUAAAAUCUUAAUUUCGCGGUGCCUUAAUUACACUGAGACCACUACACGACACACAUAUCCUUUUGUAAAGUUACAACUAACGGGUGUGUAGCUAAAAAGGGGUGUUUUGGAUGUUAAAAACAUCCUCUUCGGCCGUAUGCAAGCCAAAUAUAUGUUAUACUCUAAAUGCUUCUGGUUCUAACAAAAUGUGUAGUUAGAGAUUUUAUUUCAUAUUUGAUAUAAUUAUUUACCACGAAGAUUAAAAAUAGUAUACAUAUAGUCUUUCUGUAAUCGCCACACCAAUGUCUUCUACAUCAUAUUAUGUAUACAAAUUAUUUAUUAAAAACAUGUAAUAUCAUUUAUUAAUGCGAUUUUAUGACUCCGUAAAAGAUAUACGUGAAAGUGAAAUCCACCUAGCAAGUUGUACUUAAACAAUCCCCCUUCUAAAUGUGUCGACUACGCUUCUGUCAAUAAGUUACAAGCAGGGAUUGCCCUUAAGUAAACACUGGGCGUGUUCCAGUGUCGGCGUUUAUACGAGCAUUUUGUGACGAGAUUAUUAUCAUUACACUCUUACACGUGUCGUGAGAUGAUGAUCCGGUUUUGCGAGUUUUGUUUGUUUUAUUUAUCUGCCGAAUGUUAUCUCGUAAGUAGAUUACGAUAUCAUGAAAACCGCGAGAGCAAACGUCGUUAUUUAUCGUACUGCACACUAAGUUUAUACGGAUUUAUUGUUUUUUUUUUUUUCGUUGCAGAAGUCGUUAAUAAUUAGAUUAUCACUUUCAUGAUGUCAAAUAAUAUACAAUUUGUUAGAUUUUUUGUUCUCGUUUUCGCCGAAAACGACCUCCUCGCAUCACCCACUUUCGUUUGACGACGACGUAAUAAAAUGUAAUAUUUCAAGUUAAUGAGUGUAAAAUAAAAUAACUAUAUUAUUAUUACUGCAGCUACUGCUGUGUUUCUAAAACGAUAAAACCACCAUAACCGGCACGGGCUAGUUUUUAAAAGCGCGUCGGUAUAAUACGUGAAUCAGAAGUGGGCCGGGAGAAAAACAGCGAUAAUCGCGGUAAUAUACCUAUAUAUAAGCUGCUGUUUCGUGUCCGAAUUUCCGAUAAUUGUCGGGAUGGAAACGUGAAAGCCAUUCGGAAAUCUGAAAAAUGCGUUCGGCGCACAAUUAUUAUAUUUUUAUAUAUGUGUAUACAUUGCAGGUGUAUGGAUUUAUUGAAUUUUUACUACCUCUUUACUUACCGCUAUCCAGACAGAAAACAAAUAAUAUCCGAGUGCACAUCUAUACCGCUGCAGAAAACGCACAUGGCGUACGAACUUACGGUAAACGCGCGUGCGCGAUUUUUACGAGAAAUAGCGGUAACCGCGCCGGUUAUUCGAACUGGUUAAUCCGGUAACCCAUAAUCUCUUCGCGUGUGCGCAAUGUACUUUCGCAUCAAUCUCUGAACCCCCGAACACAAAUUUCCUCCGUGGCGAUUAUAUCGUUUGUGCGCAAACAAAAAACCCCCGCGAAUAUUAUUAUUUAUUAUAUUUGUUAUAUAUAUAUAUAUAUGUAUGUAUAAACACGACAACACGUCAUAUUGUUAUAAUAUUACAUAUUUUUUUUUAUAUACAUACCUAGUGCACUCUGCGGGUACGUGUAAUUUUACGGACCGGUGGAGUUAACGGGUUUCACGAGCGCGUGUAUCUUUCCGAUGAUCGGCGGCCGCCAAGAGAUCAUCGCGAUGAAACGCGCAAGCAAAAAACUCGACAAUGUCACAUGCCUAUAAAUAGUUCGAAAAUCGCCAGUAUGUUUGUUUUAAAAAAAAUUUUACCGCAUCUAGAAACGGCCAAUGUGUUCUGUUAAAAUGGCAGGUCUCUGUGAUCGUUUUUAACCGCGAAUCGGAAAAAAAAAAUAACGAAACCGUUAUUGUCGUUCAUUUUCCCGUUUUUCCCCUGGUUUUUCCCGAUUAUUAGAAAAACCACUAGGAAAAUCAAACCGACCGAGUAAACCGAGUCGGUGUCACCGACUUAUUGAAAUUAGUUUUGAAAAAGGAUGCUAUACUUAAAAAUCGGUCAGAUUGGUUUACAGAUCCCCUAAAUAACACGCAUACCUUAGUAAAAUCAAUGCAUUCGUCGCUGCGUGAGUUUGAAUAAAAAUGCCGAACAAUUCCUAGUGACAGUAAAAAUUAAUAGACAUGCCUGAAAACAAAGUUUUUCGCCCAACAAAGUGCUGAAAUCUCAGCGAUUCGUCCCGAUACAUAAUAUUAUUAUAGUUUUUUCGGUCUGCGGUCGCGAAGAAUAUACAUGGAAAUCUACGUCUUAACAGUCGUUUUUACAAAUUGUCGUCAUUAUUAUUAUCGUGAAAUGUUGCACCGGUGGUGACGAUGUUUACGGACCAUCAUUAUUAUUAUUAUUAUGAGACUGUAAUGUAAUAUUUAACGAAUUGCGAACGCCGUCGAGUAGAGCACCUUUUAUACGCAAUUACGACACACUGAUAAUAAUAUUAUUGUAUUAUUCGCGGCCAGUGUACGGUGACAACCGUUAUGAGUAUUACUGCACAGAGGUGUGUUUGUGAUUUUUUUUUUUUUCGAUGCUCGAGUAGGGAGCGAGGAAGCCGUUAUUCAGUUUUUUAUGAAUCUGUAUGUGUUUUCCCGUCUAGAGAAAAAAAAAACGUAUUUUCGGUCGAUGAGCAGAAAUGCUCCGAAAUUCCGGAGACGCGUACUCCGCGACUUCUAUUGAACUGUUGACUUGUACCCUUUUUUUCGAUUUUUCCGGGGGGUUCUCUCGCUCCUCUAUACCACCUAUAAUCGCUGUAACUUCACUCUGAAUAAUUUUUUUUGGAGGGAGGGUGAUCCACGGCAUUACGCCUUUAGUAUAUAGCAUAUUAUAGUCCGUCAUCAUCAUAAUAGACUUAUUCUCAAACUUUUAAAAGAAGCGAGAUAUAUCGACUCGAAAGUCUUAAUUAUUACAAUACUAUGUAAAUCGCGCUUAAUACACGAGUUCCCUCCUCUCUCCCCCUCCCAUAUAAUACCGUAAACCCUCGGUGCGCGAGCCCGACUCGUACACUAGACCGGUUUUUCGUUUGUUUACGAUAUUUUGUCGGCCAUCAAGGCCGGUCCGGAACGAUUUCCGAACGAGUAGAAAAUCUAAAAUUAAAUAGGUACCUGUAAUAUUAUACCGUCGGAAACGAACCGACUACCGAGUAUGCCGAUAAAAUAGUAAUAAUAAUAAUAAUAAAAAAAACCCGACGUAUAGGUACCGCACGCGAAACCGGAGAAAACAACGACGUUUAUAGGCGCGCAAAUUGAUUUUCACUCGCGCCGCACAAUACCCCCGGAGUUCACAUCGUUAAGUCGCCGUUUCGUCCGAUACCUACCGCUGCCGCCGUGAUAUCAUACCUAUUCGGUUAAUAUUCAAUUUGUAUUAUUAUUAUUGUUUAUAAUAUUGUGUUUCAUACACUUAUAUUACAUGUUGCACGAGUGUGUCCGCGAACCGUUCAUUAAAUUAUUUUAGAAAACGCGCGCGCGCGCGAGCGCCGUAAUAGUUUCUUCCCGAUAGAAAUCGCGCUAACGUAUAGUUUCGAUAAAAAAAAAUCAAAAAAAAAAAAUCCGCCGAGAAUCGUAUCGUAUUAUUAUAUUAUUUAUGUUAUUUCUCCGCGGGCGGACCGAAACUGCAACAUGAGGCCUGCAAGAAGCCUGGGGCAGUAGUACUUAUGUAUAAUAUUAAUAUUAUUACGACGAUAGUAGUUUAUCGGCGGUUAAAAACCACGCGGGUUUACGAGGUUACAUUUUCGAAACGAUCAAGUCAUUUUGUUAUUUCCCCUCGUCAUCGAAACUUAAAUACCCAUUCCUAUAAACAAAUUAAAAAUUAUUUUUCGAAAUUAUCUCACGCACUCCUGCAUCUUAUCGUUUGAUCUGCAGCUAUAUUUUUGGCCCGAGGACAAAGGGCUCGAGUGAAUUGGUUAGUGAAAAGUGAAUAUUUAUAGUCAAAAUUUCGUUUUUUAUCAAACAUAAAUCACACCGUUGUUAUAGAAUACACUGUGUUUAGACGAACAUAUUAUAAAGUGAACAAAAUUGCGUAUGACGUAAUCACAAAAAAAAAAUCAAUUAAGUUCUGGGACUAAAAAUAUAACAUAAAUCAAAUCCGAAUGAAACUUUUUUUAAAAAAAAAACCUUAUUCCGCAAGUAUAUCAUCUAUAUAUAUAUAUAUAUAUAAUAUCGAUCGCGUUGAACGACUGCGGGAGGUCAAUAUAAAAUAAUAAAAAAAAAAUUUUAAAAUCACUCUUACCUAUAACUGUUUUUUUUUUUAAAAAAAAUACCGAUCUUUUACUAGUUUUCAAAAAAAAAAUCGACUCAUCCGGCCUUGCUUAGACACGCAGCGGCGACAUAACGUGCCACAUUUAAUAUAAGUCCGCGUACCUACACCUUGUUCUCGAAUAUUAUCAAUUAUGUUUACCUACAAUGUGUGCACGUUCACCCGAGCUCGUGCCGUGACAUUUCGAUCGUAAAAAAAAUUGAAUACGUCCGUAUUACGCGUACGAUUUAAUAAUAUUAUUUUCAUUUAAACGCACAGGCUGCCCCUAUUCGGACGGAUAUUAAAUUCUAAGCGAAUCGAGAAUCGUAUUGGUUUUAUUAUUAUGGUUUUUUUUUUUUUUGUGUGUGUGUAUCUGGAAAUCACUUUUCUACCAGAAACCUUGCUCCAAUCAAAAACUUUAUACGGACUUUCUUGUUGGAUUUUCGAUCUAACUGGUGCAUUGGGGAGGUCGUUUUAUUAUUUUUCUUGUAGUUUUCUUAAUAAAUAGAAAACAAAUAAGGAAUGCUCUUACGAUCGAGCCCAGUUCCCGGUUUCUAAAUGUAUUUUCAACAAUAAACUAUAGUUCUGUUUUCAAUUUUGAUAGAAUUCGGUAAACUUUAGUGUAUCAUACUUAUGUGUUGGAACCUAAAUAAAUUAAAAAUUUUAAGCACACUGCUUAUAUAUUAUGUUUUUAUAUUAGCUAUUAUGAAUGUAUAUUUAAAUUGAGAAAAUAAUUAUAAUAGUACGAAUAAUAAUCAUAUCCUUGUCAAUCAAAUCAACAACUGUUACUAUAUAAACUUACUGGUACCUACAGACGGACGGACACAACGGGGUAUGAAGUUAUAUUAUGUUCUGAAACCUAAAACUAUAGCAAUAGUUUGUAUACUUUUUUUUGAUUUCCGGGUUAUUUAGGCAACGAGGGGAAAAAAGAUUCGAUGGUUUGUUGUUACGCGCAAUUAUAAAUGAAAUUAUAGUCCAUAUAAUAUCCUCCCAUCCAAUUUUUCCUUUAAAACAGCGGCACACCCGUUAAUAGUAUCAGCUCUUUGAUGAAAUAUUUUUUUAAUAUUGUCGCUUCGGAAUAAUAAUUAUGUCUUACCUAUAAUGUAUGUUAAACUCGCGCAGACGACACUUACCAGACAAUAUAUAUUAUAUACGAACACUGCGGGAGCGAAAAAUAGAAAUCUCUAUGUACAGAUCUCUCAAUGCAGUCGCAGUAAUAAUUUCUUUAUGUUUCUUUACACACACACGUCGUCGUCUUAAUCGUUCCGAUUAAUUUUCUGUGUAUGGUAUUUAUAUACAUGUAUAAAUAUUAUUUUUUUUUUUAAAUAAGUUCAAUACUGCGGUAUACCAUCUGUAUACGUUUCCAUCGUAUCUCGACGAUUAUAUUCUUGACUAGGUACAUACGAUUUUAUAUACGAUAAACACGACUGAGAAAAUAUGUCGUUGAAUUUGACGAGUGCAAAAACCGAGCGUCGACUCUAAUAUAGUAUAGUCAGUUCUCAAAUGUUUUAAACCGUGUAGUUAUCGGUAACUUUUAAGUCAUUUCUACUCCCUCCCAUUUAUAGUAACUCGUAAUUUUAACUUGUAACGUGUAAGCUUAACCGAAAUACAAUUAAACGUUUCGUCUGAAAUAAUUUUUAUUACAUUCAGACUUGUUGAACAGUUAUCGAUGUAAAGAGAGAGUCGCUGUAAUGAUAUUAUACACUUGCAGUUACCAAAAUCGAAUAACUCGCCCGGUUUUGUCUGGAAUUUCGGUAUUACGUUCGAAUCGCGUAUAAUAUAAUAAUAAUCGUGUGCGGUUGUCAUUUUAGCAAUAAAUCGCGCCGAGUGCAGGAUUUACCGUUUUAAUUCGCCUGUGCGAAUUUGAUUUCGGCGUAUUACAUACGUAUGUAUGUUUAGCUGAUGGUACCCAUAUCCCGCGAUUUUGGCGGGACAAUCAAACGCCGGUCGUUUAUAUAUAUAUAUAUAUAUAUAUGUAUAGCUUUCUCGAUUAAUAUAAUACGUUGCCGUUCUAAACAAGGGCAUUCGAAACCUAUAUAGGUACACAGCCCCGCUUCGAGUUCAUUACCGGUCGAAGACACGAAACAAUCGGUAAAUCCUGCAAUGGACUUUCACUGUUUACGACGACAACGACAACGACAACGACGACGAUGGAAUGCACACGUUCGCGCGCGUAUAAUAAUGUUAUACCUCAUAUUGGGACAUAUUGUGAUUUGUAUAAUGUGUACAGCUAAAUAUCAUAUUAUAUUAUCAUGUUUGAAUUACGCGUUUUUUUCUGAAACGAGUAUUCUCGGGUACAUAGUUUUUGCCAGUAUCGUUCGACUAUACAGUCGUGCGUCGCCGGCUGUAAAUUAAUAAUAAUAUAUUAAACGUUGAAUCGUCUUUCGGUAAAACAUCGUUUUGAUUUUCUUUUUAAUUAAUAAAAUAACAACAAUAAAAAUUCGAAACAAAAACGUUACAGAUCCGUGUCCUGACGCCGCUGUCUAUACGACGGAGGCGUCGCAUCGGCAGCGGUUUCUCCGCGUUCUUGUGAUAUAUUUUUUUGUUGUUCUGCCUCGCGAAUUCUUUGGUUAAUGAAUUUUCUAAAUAAUAAUAAUAAUAAAUAAAAAAAAAAAACAAACUGACAAGAACAAUAUAUACUAUACUAUAUUAUAAUGAUGAUAUUCGAUUGUAAUUAGCGCGUUGAGCACCGAAGAUUUUUCGACAUAGUUCUAUUUUAUUUUGCAUGCACGAGACCCAAUAUUAUAUUUGUACAAUAUUUAAACCUUAUCGAAAUUUGAAGUAAUACGCAGUGAGAACUUCGUUUGGAUUUCACGAUGUUUCUAAUCCAAGAUUUCAAGAACGCGACACUCGUCAAUAAUGAGUCCGGUAGUUUUUCAUCGGAUUCAAAUUCUGCAGGGUCGCUUGCCAUUUUAUUUCGGUUCUUAUAGCCACGGAAUAAUUUACGUUUUUUUUUGUUUUAAUUCCAUAGUCUCUCGGACGAUUUUUUUCACCAAAAUUAUUUGUACGUUUCGGUCAAAGAUACAAGUGAGACCGACAUCCGGGGCUCGUAAACCUCAACGUGUUAAAACAUACUUUCCCCCCCCCCCCCCCGAAGUUUUUGGUGUUUGGUUUAGAUUUCAAUACGCACACGUACGUUUUGAAAAACGGCACGCGUUUCACGUUUUACACGUCACAUAUCUCGUAAAACUACCGAUACGCUAAUCUGCAGCGGUUUUACUCAUAUAUUAAAAUAUACGCGUCGGCGUUACAAUGUUCGUAUGGUAUAAUAUUAAUACGAUGAUGUACGUCAACUGCUGCAUUCGAACUGCGAUUUCGCAGUCUUCUCUCAAAACCCGAUGUCAGACGGACGAAAGGGGUAGGUGGGAAGGGGGGAGACCGAUUAUUUAAGUAGGUAUUGUGACGAACGCGCGCCGAACCGAAUUCUUUUCACCAAUUUGUUUCUGCCGCCGCCGCCGCCGCCGCCGUUGGUACAUACCUAUAUGUCGGUAUGCGACUACCGUGUAAUUUUUUGAACCCGUCGGUCAACUACCGUUAUCGCGCGCGCGCAUACCUAUAUGGUAAGAGCAGCGUAUACACGACGAUAACCGGCUCGUUUAGAAUAUUAUAAUAUUAUUAUCAUGUCGAGUCGCCCGCACGCGUAACACUGUUGUACCCGCCAUAUUAUAUACACGAUACAUAUUAUUAUUAUUAUUAUUAUAACGCGAUAAUACCGUAAUGAUAACAUAAUUCGAUGACCGAACGCGCGCGAAAGUGGUUCGCGGCAAUCACGGCACACACGGGGUUCGCCCCGAGGGUAGCGGCGGUUGUGUAUACGAAUUCGUGAGAAAGUGAAAACUGGAAAACGCGCGGCCGCUUCGAUACACAUAAUAAUAUUUGAAUGAUAAUAAUAUUAUACUCGUACGCAAAUGUAUACGAGAUCGAUUAAUGCAAAUUCCGUAUCGCUAUAUUAUUAUUGCCCGCUACUGCAGCUGCGGAUAUGAAUAUUGUAUAAUACAACCGGUGAUAUUAAUAAUAUACGUAACGAUACAAUAUUGUUACGCUUCGAAGAUUAAUAUUAUAUCGGCGAGUUUCGAGCUGGGUGAAAUGUUUGAGAAAUCAACAAAUUCUUACGACAAAAUGUUACAGAUGUGUAGUAUCAUAACAUAUCAGAGUCCGUAACAUCGCGUAUAAAGGGUUUUUUCUACCGAUAUAUUAUAAAAGUUCUGAUGGAUAAAUAAACGUGUGGAUGUUUUUAUUUUGGUAAUUAAAAAAAGAAUAAGACUGUCAGAGUUUCCUUAUAUUUUGCACGAAAAUGUGCCUCGCGAGGAACACUCUUACGAGCCGUAAAAUUAUUAUACUUGAUGGGUUUUUUUAAAAAAAUUUUGUUUUACUUGAAAGAGGAAGACUUUUUGAAGAUCACGUUAAACUCUAAUUUUCAAAAAUUAAAUUCCUAAAACUGUAUUAAUAAGCUACUUAAAAAUUUUAAUUUUUAUCAUUUUUUUUUAACAUUAUAUAUAAAUUAAUCAAUAGUUGGAAUUCAGUAUGACUAGUAAAAAGUUGUAUUCUUUUAAAUAAAGAAAGAAAAAAUAUAUUGAAAUUGGAGCGUUUUACGAGGCGUGAAAGUUUUUCCCGUGAAGUCAUUUUCGUUUUUAAAAACCGGCCGUAUCCCUUCCGCAUAAAUGGAUACCGGGCAGUAGAUUAGUGGACAAGUCUUAUUUUUAAGGUAGUCAUUAAAAUGUUAAAAUAAAUUUUAAAAUUUUACAAAAUUGGAAAAGAUUUGGUAAACCGGCUUAGACGGCCUUAAAAACUCCUUUUACUUUUUUAUUUGUAGGGUUUUUUAUUUUAUUUUUUUUAAUAUAAUGUAUAUUGUGCUCUAUUUAAAACGUUUUUUCUAUGGUAUAAUUAUACAGAUUUUAAGCUUUUCAAAAUUUGUUCUCUGUGCUAUAAUAAUAACGUACUUAAUGAUAUUGUGUUGACGGUUUACAUAGGUAUGUAAUACCUACCGCUAUGGAAAUCAUUUUUAUUUUUUAUUAAAACACAAUAAUAUUUAAUAUUUUACAAAAUAUCAAGGUGUAUGAUGUGUUUUUAAGUACUCACAAUUAUUUGAAAUCAAUUAAAUAAUAAUAAUAAUAAUAUAGAGAUACUUUUUAGCUCUUGUUGAUUACGAAAACUAAUACUACGACUUUACCACGCAAUUAAAUGUACCCUUGAAUAUGAUUUGAUGAAAUAGAUAUUUGUCGACAUAAUUUAUUAUUAACCAUCAAUGUCCGCGAUAAACUCAAUAACGAAUGUACAGGGUGGUUGUUGAUAACUGAUAUUGUGUAAAACUAUUGACAUUCCAUCGAUUCUUCUGGCCAUUAUUUUCUCUAUAUCAUAUUUGCAGAUAAUACCCAAUUUUCAUUAGGUAAUGACAAUUAUACAUUACAAUUUCGUCUCAAACAUAUCGACACGUGAUGCUUUUAAAAUGCACAACGAUAACAUGUCAAAAUUCGAAUGAGAACGUUAAUAAUCGACACGUUGGCCUUGUUUUUAAUUUCAAUUUUUUUUUUUUAAUUAUAAAAAUAGGCAAGUAAGUCACCGAUAUCGCGCCGGUAUAUUCAAAAUCAAUUUCCGGCUAUAGCUAAUUUGUAAAACUUGGACGAUGUAUGAGUCCUACUCGUACACCUACUCGUAUACAGUAUUUUGGACUGAUCGGAAUUAAUAACUAUAUAGUAUAUAUACCUACACAAUUCCGGAUACCGGUCUAGUUGUAAUCCGCUAUAAUAAUAUUGUGAAAUAUUAGAGAUUAUAAAUCGUUAUUGAAACUGAUAAUACAUUUUAACUCUAGUCAUAUAAAAGUAGUUUUUUUUAUUGAAAUAGAAAAUGAUUGUUUAUACUUCAUGGAAAAAACAGAUGAAAAAAAAAUAAGAAUGUCAUUGAACAAAUAAGGAAAAAAAAAACACUGUAAAACGAAUCGAAAACGCGUACAGCCUUCGGAAUGGUUUCUAUAUAUUUGCCUGUUAACACAGUUUCGAUUUUUUUUUUUUUUUAUCCGAAUUACACAUUUAUACGAGAAUAAUUAGCUGAAUAAAAAUUAUUUCUCAGACUCUGGCGUACGCUGAUGAGUGCUUUUUUUCGUCUUCUUGAAAUUUUCUCUUUGUAAAAAUACCAUCAUAUCCGUGAACUCCGAACGAAUCACAUUCUGUACGACCGCUACACCUGCGGCGGCACUAAGGCGUAGCGCAUGUGUCUAUUGUGUGACGUUUACAUUCUCGUUUUUACCGAUGGGAUUUUAAAAUAUCUACGAGUAUACGCGUUAGCGAAACGAGUAUGAAACGCAUACCGCGUGAUAAUGCAUAUUCGUAUGGAUGUAAAUUUAUAAUAAUAUUAUAUUAAUACGAUGAACGGUUCGAUCGACAACGGAUGGGGAAAAAAAAAAUAAAGAAAAAACGUUACGAAAUCAUGUUUUGACGAGUGAUGUUGUUCGCGUACCCAUCGUCACUCGUUAAACCGCGUUGUCGAUUUUAGUUAAUUAUAUCGAGAGUUAAGUAUGCGCAUACGAAAGACGAAAACACAUAAUGAUAUACAGGAAGUAAGGAUUGUAUAACAAAAUAUUAAAUAAUAUGUAUUAUUUCGUGACGAUUAAUAUAUGAUAGACUACACGUCACAGGUAGGACUACUCAGUGUACUCGCACCGUUUGCUAAAAUAUGUAUACGAUGAAUACAAAUGUAUACAAAAUAAUAAUACAGUAACACACCUAUACUAAACAGUUGUUUUACUUAUACCGUAUAUAUAUUAUUAAUUCGAGUAAAGUGUUUAGGCGUGUUUCUGUUUUGUCUAAAACACUAUAUAACUACAAGGUCCGGCUAUUUUCGUAGAAUUCUCGUCCGAAAAUUUAGACUAUUGUAUUGUGUCUUUUUCCCGCUAAUUUUGGUCAUUUCUAGCGGAUUUCUCUAGACCAAAUAAUCUCAAACUCGGGAAUUAAAGUUGUUUUGAAUUUAACCAUGUUGUAAUCGGGUAGAGGGUUUUUUUUUAUCUGUGUACACUCCUACAGGCUUCCCAAAUUAAUUCUGUGGGAUUAAAUUUUGUAUAGCAUCCGUGGAAUUAGUAUAGCAAUGGAUGACUUUAACUUUCACCCUACCUACAUUUCCACCAUUUUUAUUGUCGCAUUUUAUCAUUUUUUUUAGAUUCUGAGUCGAGCAUGGAUGAUGUUUAUUUUUUUUUUUUAUCUGUGAACAACUUUUCUACCUUUUCAAUUUUUCACUUACAACAGUGGUCCACUCAUCGUGCGAAAUAUGUCUUCUUUUUUUUUGGAAGUAGUAUAGUUAUUUUAAUUUAUAGAGUUAUUAAUUGUUUGCCAAAGAAUAUUCUUUCUAUUAAUCAAAACAGCUAUGGUAAAAUUCGACUCUAGCGAUGAUGCUCAUGGGUGUUUUUAACUACUGCAUAUAACAGUAAGAGUUAUAGUAAAAUUAUAUUAUUUUACGUAGACAUAUUUAACGUUUACAAACGUAUUAUUCUCGUUUAAAUCGUACACAACAAGAGUCCAUAAAUAAUAAAUAGACGCAUGUUCAGUAGGUAUCUAAUAUAAUUUUAUGUUAUUGCAACGGGCGUCGUUAUAUUAUGAUAAUAAUGUGUACGCGAGUAUAUGUCAUUGAAAAGUAAGUAGUAAGUACAUAUGUAGUGUUUAUCCAAAUGAUUUACACACACGCCAACAUGCGAUUUUUAUUGCGUACAACCGUAUACAGAUAAUAUAUAUAUAUAUAUAUAUAUAUGUUUGAAAUAAUUAGUGUCUGUACCGCGUAUUCAGUGCUAUAUAGAUAAAGUCAAAAAAAUUAAAUUAGUAAAAAUAUCAUAACUGUCUCGUAUACGUUUUACCAACUCGAUAAUUAUUAUUACCUAUAGGCGGCUAGGUAAAUAAUAUUAUAUUGACGCAUAUUUGACGCAUUUCGAUGUUAUAUGCUCGUAUAGGUACCGAUCAAUACUAUAUUAUUUUAUUAUUUUCCCCGGGCGCGAUUAAACGAAAGAAAAACGGCUAUUAAAUCCGGUACUAGGUCAGGGUUUUCGAUGGAUACUCGAAAAUAUUAUUUAAAAAAAUAUAUAUAUACAUACAUAAGUACCGAUUUGUACCACGGUUCAGUACAAUACAAUAUAUUAUAAUGCGUUGUGGUCACUAUAUAAUAUGCAUACCUAUAUAUACUAAAGGUAUAUAUUAUUGAACAAUUCUUCCGCUUUCUACCGGGUUUUUAGUUCACACAUGUACACAUGUACGUAUGUGAUUCUAUAUGCAAAAAUGAUAAAAAAAAAAAAAAAAAAAAGAACAAUAUAAUAAUAAGGUGACUGUAAAUUUUUUUAGUCAACCACCACCACCACAACGGGGGCGACUCGCUUGAGCAUAAUAUCUAUGUCCGCGCGGUGGUCACUGUCAUCGUUUCAGCAGACCAAAAAAACACAUAACGCGACGUGCAACUGUAUAAUUUAUAAUAAUACGAUGAGAGACAGUCUCCUUCGUAAUUGGGUCGUACGACCAAAAUGUGCGACCGACGACGUCCUCGUGUGUUUAACACUAUUAUUAUUAUUAUUGUUAUUUCGUUAUUGUUAUUGCUAUUAUUAUUAUUAUGCGUUCACGCCCAUCACAAUAGGACGAGUACCUCCCCUCUCCCGGAACACCACGUGUUGGAAUGUGUCGUCCGCGAUUUGGUACCGAUAAAAAUAUACUUGCGCUGGACGACUGACCUGCUAUCUAAUAUUAUACAUUAUGUUUAUGUUAUCACAAAAUUAUACGAUAUACCUACCUAUUUUAUGCCUACAUAACAUAUAUUCAUAUGUAAAACACAAGACAGGCAGUUGGUAUUCGAGAAAUAAAAUAUGGGAUCGAUUCUAUUUUUAUUAAAAUAGUCGAGGUAAUAUUGUGAUAUUUUCAUACAUUUUUUCUUUUUACUUAUCUUCACAUUUUGACCAUAUAACAUAUUUUAUAUAAAAAAUUCAUAAAAACGAACUUAGUAUAUUAUUGUGUCUCUAUAAACAUAUAAAUGAAAUAUUAUUUUUGAUUGGUAUGGACAAUUUUUUUCUGGAAAUGUGAUAUUCUAUUUAUUUUUCAUAUAAUCCGACUGAAAAAUAGGAACUGUUGUAAAUAGAAAAGCUACUUUCAUGAGUAUCGUGGUAUAUGCGCGGAAAGUAUGUAAUUUAUGCUGUACGUGUACGCGAUAGUAUAUCUGAUAAUAUUAAAUUAGUAUAAAUUUAAAACAAACGCGCAUCCAAAACGUUUUUCUAAUAUAAAUAAUGUUCUUGUUAAAAUCAAACGACUUUAGACUAUAAUGACUAUAUAUAACAAAAUAUUAUAUGAGUACAAAUCGUUUUGUAGGCUUGUUGGCUUGUUGGCACUUACUCGUAAAAUGUGAUGAUUUAAUUCGCUUUGUUCUUCUUAGAAAACAAAACGUAGCGAUCUGUUGUAUUAUUGACACAAGUUUUUUUUUUUUGUAAUUUGCGGAGAGUUGAACGCCCGCGGCGAUUAUACAUGUUAUAUGCUAUAUAGUUACGGUGUAUUAUCUGAUGAUCUCUAAGCAUGUUUCUCAACAGUACCUAAAUCAUUUUAACUUUUAACCUUUGAAAUUUUUUACUUAUCGCAUAUAAGUCACCAAUAGUUUAUGCAUUUUUGUUAAAAUAAUUAGAUUUUCAAAAGACAUAUCGCCGUGAAAGAUUCAAUAAAACAUACUCGUCAUAUUGUGUAUCUUAAAAUUAUGUAUCUAUAAUCUAAAUAAAUGGUAUUUUUAAAAUCUGAAAAAUGCAUAAUAUUAUCUUAUUGUUUUUUUUAAUAUUGUAUGUAACAUCAAGUUCGAUUUAUGUAAACUUUUUAUACUCAUCUAUAUUUUUUUUCCGAUCUUGAUAAAACUUUGCACACUUGAUAUUCAUAACAUGAAGAAAUUCGCUGUCCGAUUUUUAUCUCGAAAUUCAACCCAUAAAGAGUACCUGACACAGUGUUGGUAUUUUUGGAAAGAAAAUUAAACUUUUUUGUUAAUUUGUGGGUUACUUCGAUGUCACGAAUAAAAAAAAAACAGUUAUUAGUAUUUAAUUUAGUUUUCAAGGACAAGGAAGUACCCCUUUUAAAAAAUAAUUUACCGGACAACAGCGACUUACUGCAAUAAGGAUAAAGGUGAGCCGAGGAAAUAUCGGGUAAUUCAGCAAGUAGUUUGAUAAAUAAAUACAAUUUCUAAACAUUGCAGGAGGUACUAUAAAAAAUUUACAUGAGACGAGCUGUAUACAUACAAAUUAUACAAGGUGAUAUAAACUAAAUGUUGAUAUGUUUUACGGUAUACGAAAUAAGGGUACAGUAUAUAAUGUAAGUUUAUAUAUACCGCUCUUAUAUACAUAAACUGAUUUAAUCUAUAAACAAAAAUGACCAUUAUUAUGGUAAAAAACUUUUUUUUUUUAUCUUUUGUCCCCAACCCUUGAUGUUAGUUUAGGUAUACAGUAUAUAUAUAUAGUAUAAUAGUACCUUAAAAAGUAAUUAGUAGUUAAAAAAAUAAAUAUACUAAUUAUUACACACGAAUAAUAUGGUUUCUUAUAAAUGUCAUAGUACAUAGAAUAAGUCUGUGUGUAUACUAUUUUCGCAUAUUACCAUUGUUUCUCUCUCUAAAUAUAUAUAUAUAUAUAUAUAUAUAUAUCAAACGUAUACACUAUACAUACAGAGUAUACAUUCGGUUUUGAUGAGUAACGUCGUGAUGCGCUCUUCUUCCGGGCUCAUUAAAACGUUUUAAUGAACAUUCUCCGACGACGCGAGAAUAUUAACUAUUAUUCAUUACUAUUAUUAAUAAUUGUAAACAUCUACUUUCACUAUCGCGCGUGUAGUAUAACAAUAAUAAUAGAAAUAUGUAUUGUAAUUUUCUAAUAAUUCGGAAGUGUUUCGAUGUACCCUCGUUCCAAUAGGUUGAUCGUCGCAUUUAAAGUAAUAGUUUUAUAUUAUUUUAAGUAAGUACCUACAGAAUAUUAUUAUGCAGUAUUUUUAAUAAUUUAUUACAAAUAGAUACAUAUAUUUUGAAUAUUCCAAAAACAUUGGUAUAAUUUCACAUGAUGAAUAUUAUUUACUAUUUCAGAUAAGAUCAAAGAAGACAAAUUAUUUAAUUUUGACUACUUCCGGUUUACUUAUUACUCGUGUAGACUCGUGUAGAGUUUAUCUAUAUACCGUUUAUUAUAACAUACAUUAUAAUAUGAUGGAUCAACAUACCAGAUUUUUAUGUGGCAUAAAUUUCGUCUAAAACUGGCAAUAUAUCGUUAUUUGUUGUCAGGUAUUUUUAAAUUUGCUUAGAACGACUGUUGGGAAUCUAGAAAAUGGCUUGAAUAAUGUACCACUGAUCUGAAAAUCUGCUUUUUUUUACGGUAAGGUGUGAAAGUUUUGAACCAUUUUUACUAACCGAAAAAGUGUUUUCCGAGAGAAAAAUACAUUUAUUAAUUUAAAAACUAUAAUACCUAGCUUAUUUCUCUAUAUAUACUCAGAAUCUAAUAUAAUACUUUCAAUAAAAACAAAUUCUCUAAAAUCCAUAUUUUUAUUUUUAUUUUUCCAAUAUUCAUCAAUAGUUAUAAAUAGGUUUUUGUACGUAUUAUAUUUUAUUUGAUGCACUAUUAUACGAUGGUAAUUGAUACAUUGGUACUAUAUGACGUGUGUUGGAGGAAAAAAACAUGCCAGACAUAUUUUUUUAAACUAUUUGUAUGUGUAUAUGUGGUUGCGAAGAGGGUUGACGAAACUAUACGUUAUUAAAAAAUGUAAACACCGAAAACGGUCGCUACCGUCUGCACCGCCUCGGUGGAAUUUGAUAAAUUCUCUGUGGACACCUGCUCGCACUCACGAUAAGGUUCACCGGGGACGUCAACGACGACGGCUAACUCGAGCGGAAUGAUUCGGUACGUUUCCCCACUGCACCGACCGCUACUCACCCCAGCUGAUGCUGUUGCGCUAAUACCCCGCUCUUUUUUCCCAAUAAUUCUCUCCGGUGUUUUGUAUUGUAUAAGCGACCAUAUACAGGGUGAUUUUCGUGUUUUAUCACGAUGAACUAGUGAUGAUUUUUGAGUAAAUUUGAUUUCGGUAAUUUCCAAUCGUUUUAAUCGAUCACACGAUUUACCAUACUUUCAGAAUUUUGUCACUAUUGUAACCGCACGCGAAUUUUCGUUUUUAAAUAUUUACGCGUGUGUUUUUAUGCUUUAAACAUCUGAAUUCAAAAGAAAACAUUAUUCUAAAAAUUUAACUUUGUUUUAAAUUUCGUUUAUUUUGUAAAUAAGAGAAUUAAGGUUUAACGAUUCCAUUUAAUAAUUGAAAAUACUCGACAUUUGCGAAUAAAUAAUCACUGGUUUAUGAUAAAAUAAUCACUCUGUAUGUACAGAGUACAGUGCAUACAUAUACAGUGUCUGUACAAUAAAGUAUAAUUCACAGCUGACACCGUGCAGGACUGAAGCCGAAGCCGUACACGUGAAGCUCACACAUGCAUAUCCACCGAAGAAUAUUUUACAAUAAUAAUAAUAUAUAAAUAUAUAAUUAAAAUAUUUGAUAUCGUAAUGGCGUUAUCGCUAUUCGCGGAUAAAAAAAAUUCCACGUCGGUCGGUGCGUCAUAAUAAUAUACAAGGUACACCUUGUUAGGGAUUUUCUUUUUUAUGAUCUAUCGUUUUGCUUGUAGCGAGGUGAAAACGUAUACUUAAAAAAAAAUCCCAUUCACGUAUAUACCGUUCGAGGCGAAUCGUCUGAAAAUUCGGUUUCAAUCCCGUUUAAAUUGCACUGCCGAUUCCGAACGUACUUGUAUAAUUUUUAAAACCAAAAUCUCUCUUUUAUAUUACUCGGAAUUAUAAUAUUAUUAUCAUCUGCAGUUUUCUAGAUUUUGUUUCGAAACUGUAAUAAUAAUAAUAUGCAAUACGAUCUACUAAUAUAAAAUGGUGUAAUCGCAUCAUGCGAUAUCUAAAAUAACAUUAUACCUACUCAGCUACUCAUUAUUAUACUUAUAUAGGUAUAUAAUAAUAUGUAUAGAGUUUUUCGUUCGCGAUCCUUUCACUUUAUAUACGGUAUAGCCUAUUGUAAGUAUUAUAAUUUUAUUAGUUAGUUAUAAAUCCAUAAUAUGUAUGUAUCCGUAUUUAUUUAAUAUUUUAACAUAACAUAAUGCGAAGUAAUAAUAAAACAUGUUAAAUUUAUCGAUAAAAAUCAUCUUUGAGGUAAGACAUUAAACGCGUGUUAGUACAUAAUAGUCGUAUUAAAUCCAUAUACUCAUAACAAAAAUAUAUGUUCAAUAGAAUAUCACGUAUUUCACGUACACAAUUUAUACAGGGUGAUCCAUUUAAAUGAGUGCAUUCAUUAUCUCAAAAAAUAUUAACUUUUUCAAACAUUUUUUUUUUUUAACAAUUAUAGAAACAAGGAGCUUUUAAGUUUGGGUAGGAAGAAAGUACUGGAGUAUUGUUAAAACACCGUGCGCCGUUCUGCCACAAAAAUUAUGCUCCAUUACUCUCCCUCUACCCUAACUUAAAAGUGGAAUAUCUCGUCAACGGGUGGACGACAAUCAAAAAAGUCAGCAUCAAAAUAAAUUCUAACUAAUUUAUCCCUCUAUUGAUAUAGGUUGCCAUUUAAAAAUUAAAAGUGGUAGUCAUUUAAACCCCAAAAAUAAAGAUAACAAUAAAUAAUAGAACUAUACAAUUUUAGAGUUACUUGUUUUUUAAAUUUAAAAAAAAAAUUAGAAAAAAGUUAAAACUUAUCAAAAUAAUAAUUAAUGUAGUUACCCACUUAAAUGGAUCACUCAAUAUAUAUUUUAAGGUAUUGGUAAAUUGCAUAUUUAUAUUUUUAUGCAUUUCAUUGCGUUUUUUUUUUUUCUUAUUCGUGUUAGUAAGUGUUUCCUUAAAAAUUAUAAAUAUUUUUUUUCUAAAUAUUCAGCAACUCAUAUGAUAUUUUACUCGUGAUUUCUGUUAAUCCAAUAAAAUAGUUCAUCUCACAUUUACUAGGUUACAAUGCACAUUCAAACAACAGACUACUUGAUGUCUAUUUCUCUAAAUAGUGGCAGUUAGCAGUUGGUCCUUAGUUCUGCCUACAUUUGUUUGCAGACGAUUAAACGUUUUCCACAUUCUCCAAGGUAUGUCCCGAUAGUAAAGGAUUCUGUGGGUAUGCCUCAUAUUGUUUGUUUGUCCCCUCUUGUUUGCUUCUUCCGUAUUUUAGUUUUGCUUGUCUUAGAGCUUUCUUUUAGUGGAAUUGUUAUUUUCAUAAAGUAUUUCCUUGAUUUCAACAUACUUGGAGUCGUCACUGUUCUGUGCAUAAGACGUUUAUCUUUAUUGCUUAAUUUGUUUCUUCCUUUUUAUUUUAGCUGCUAUUUCUCGUCUUCUUUCAGGCGGCCAUGUUAUCCCGCUCAGAAUUUGUAGUUUGACUAUAGGCGUUGAUCUUAAACUCCCUGUAAUUAAUCUAUUGGUGUCAUCCAAGGUUGUGUCUACUUUCUUCACAUGGGGUAACUGUCACCACACUGGGCACGCGUGUUCCCCUCAAUAACUGAGUAACAUAAGGCAACACCAGAGAUAGUCUUAUCAGAUCUUAUUUCCGAGCGUUAUUCCUAUAUAGUACGUUUCUCCGAUUAAAACAAACAUAAACUAUUAAAAAAAAAAAUACCUGACGAAAUAUUAUUGUAAGUACUUCAGUUAAAUAAUACUAACAAUUAAAAUAAAUUUCGUAAUUUUUGUUGUUUAGAAGGUUUUGAAAUACAUAUUAUAAUAUCGUUUUAACGCGGUUUCAAGCCGAUUGUAAAUUCAACGAAUCAGUUCGCAGUUGUAUACGGCUAAAUCAUUGUGUGCGCGCAUCACGUACUCAUAUUUAACAAAAAAAAAAACCACGAUUGUCAUUUUACUCGCAUGGGUAUACUCGAUGAAUUAAUUUAUAUAUUAUAACACCGACGACGAAUAAAUUUAAAUAAUAAAUUCGCGUACUUGAGAGACAAUGGGUCGACGAAGACGGCGAUUUCGUAAAUCGUCAUAUUCAUCCUCCUCGAACGCCCACGACACCAUACAACAUUAUAACAACAGGUCGUCGCCGUCGUUAAUUUAUAUCGAAUAUGCAAAAGUUAAACUCUGCAAACGUGCUCGUAGGAUUUACUUUUUUUUUCCACAUCUCUAUACGCCGCACAAAAGAAGGAAAUUCUGAUCGCACUGCGACGUUCGUGACGCGCCGCGAGUGUAACAAUAUACGUGCCAACGAUUAUUUACAUUCCAUCAAUCCAAUAGUCCACAGUCGACAACACAUCGCAUCCUGACCGGUGAUGCGUUUGGAAUUUUAAAAACACAAAUCUAGAAUUUCAAAACGAUUUUAGAUUAUUUAUUCGGAAUCCGUUUUGAUUAUCAAUAAAAUCACGCCGUCAUGGCGUAUACAUACAGUUUUUCCCGCAGCGUCUAAUCGUUAUUUUAUUUGAGUGCAUUUUGCACUUUGUUAUUUCGUUAUCCGAAAACUUAUCAUGUAUAGUGUAAUAUUUAUUUUUAUAGAUAAACAAUAUUUGAUUUAAGUUUCUCCGAUAAAAAAAAAAAAACAGCCAAAUUUGUACAUACAAAAUGUUUUAAGUACAAUGAAUCUCGGAAUAUGUUAUUAUUAUAAUGGACCGCACACUGUUGGCGAGUACUUACUCAUUAUAUUUUUCAGUAAGGCGUUUUAUAAAUACACAUCAGCUGCGGAUAUUAAAUAACUGGUUACAGUGCAGUUGUAUUAUAAAUACGAAUUAUUAUUUAUGUAAAUGUAUGUUAUUGAUGAUCAUACAUAGAAAUAGCGUAGCUGAACGACGAUUUUUAGCGCAUACCUAUGUCCCAAUACCUAUAGUUUUCUCACCGUGAUCUCAAUAAACCUUCAAAAGUCACUUUGUAUAAGGUCAUUAUAGAUAUAUAUAUUUUUUUUUUUUGCCAUUCUAUAUAGUUGCAAUGCAAUUUACUAUUACUUCGCUUUUAUUCGAACGAUGCCUAUUGAAUAGCACUGGGAAGAGAGUAAUAGCUAUAGUAGUAGUAGUAGUAGUAGUUAUAUAGUAGUAACAGUUAAUGAAACAGCAUUCAAUAGGUACCUAUCGCUAAUGAAGCGACUGAGGGAACAGCCGCUGCUGCUGCAGUGUUGCCAUGAAAACAUUGUCGUUCGCGGCGUUUACCUACGUUUUCGGGGUAUUGUCGUAAUAAAAAAAAAAAAAUAAUAAAACGUGUUUGUGCGUAGGAAUUCGCGUCUGCCGUCAGUGUUGUCCGGCUGUAAUAUUCCAUUGACAAUAAAAAAUAAUAAUAAAAACUGCGUAAAAGCGAACGCAUUUACAUGACAAUAAUAAUAUAUACAUAAUACCGCCCUACCCAUAAGCGCGGCUUCCAAUAGUCUUCGAUUUCGAUAAAAGAGCAGUGUAUGAAAAAAAAAAAUAUAGCUAGAGGACAUACUUAGCAACACAUGGGUCAGGCCACUAUUGUAGGUGUUGGGAAGCCGGAAACGCGUAGGGUUAAGAUUUAAUUUUAAUACCGAAUGCAACGAUAAAUUGUUAAGGAAAAACAAAUGAUUCCGCGUGAAGUUCAAUAUUUUUGUUUGCUAAAUUUAAACCGAACAUUUCAUAUUAAUUUUCAUCAACUGUAAAAUUAUAAUUUAGAAUUCUUUGUGAUUAUUCUCAUGAGUUUCGUCAAAAUGUACACAUUUAACCCAAAAUAUUAUGACCAUUUUUUACCAGUUGCAGUUAUUAGAAUGAUUUUGAAAAAAAUUUCGAGCUUUUUCACCGAACCAAGAAAUUAGUAUUCACAAUAUUCACUUAACAUAUUAUAUCAACAGAAAACUUCGAAAAUUUCAAAAAACCAUGAAUAUUUCGAAGAAGAGCUAAUUUAUUUUCAAAUGUAUACUAAAGCCAUAGUGGAGUGUGCUAAAGGUUCUGUCAUUCACGCGGUGAAAUGAGAACUUCGAAUUGCAGACUGCGCAUAAAAAGAAUUUUGGAAUUAUUGACGCGGCGUGUUGGCCGUAGGUUCGUUCGGGAUUUCACUUUGUAUUCGAACAUGUUUUACUCGGAAUAUUUCGAUAAACCGCGAUGAGCGUCGCGUUUUUUUUAUUUCGAAUUACCGAGCUAUGAGGGGGGAGAGGGGUAUUUUUAAGAUUAUGAUAAUAUCGCCGAGACUCGACUCAGCAGUAAAGUAUUUAACUCUUCGGUUUACCUUCGGGCAUUAGUAUAAUUAUUAUUAUAUUGCGACGCGAUAAACGUAUAAUAUACUUUUAUGCAAACGUACACACACAAGAUAAACAACAACAACAACAAUAAUAAUAAUAAUAAUAAUAAUAAUAAUAAUAAUAAUAUCACGAACGGGGCUGCGAACGGUGGCGGGCGCGAGGUGGUAAAUCACGGAGUCGCGGUAUCGUAUUUGUGUAUUAUACGUGCACAUAGCCGAGGAUUAACCCGUUUGCCUUGAAACAUUCCGUCGUAUUUCGCGGGUCGUAAACGGUUUUGCGCGUGCGCGAGCAUUUGUGUGCAAGUUUAUAAUACAUACAGGGUGAUAAACGUGGUAGAACACUGUUGUUAUCUCGGAAAGUAUUAUUUUUCGCGAAAAUUUAAAGUAUAGAAAUCGUAAGAAACGAUCAGUUCUAUAGAACCGUUCUUUUUUGGCGCUUUUAUUUUCGGAGAUGAAACCGCCUCUCAUUUUCAAUGUCCAUAAAUACCGACUUAUAUAUACAUCGAAAAUUUGAUUACUUUAAAUAGAUUAGAUUAUGUUGUCGACCUUUUUUAAUUUCCGUUAAACAGAUGACAAGAUAUUUUAACGAGUAAUUCGAACGCGUUACAUUUUAGAGCUGCAUUUGUUCGUUACAUUUUUUCGCGAAAAACGUUAACACUUUUCGACAUAAUGUAAGACACUCUUUACGUCGUUCACCCUGUAUAAUAUUAUAUUAUAUAGUAUGAGUUGCAGCUGCUGCGAACCCCCAUUUUAUCGUUUGUUACUGAUAUCACAUUUUAGUAUAAUAUCAUCGUCGUCGUCGUCACUCUUCGGAGGGGCCAUUGAAGUAUAUUAUUCCGUUCGAGGUCGCCACGGACGUAUACUGCAGUGACGUGCGCAAGAGGAGGGGAGGUUUGAGACUAAAAUCGCAUCCCCCCCCCUCGUCGACUUAAACAAACAACAACUUAACAAUUACAUAUAAAUAUGCAAGUGUUUAUUUAUUGAAAUUUAUGAAUCUUGAGAUGUAUACGUAUAUUAAGUCAACUAUAAUGAUUAAUAGUGUUACAGACAUAUACGAAGAAAAGCUCGAUUUAUCGAAUUAAAAUUGAUUUUUACGAAAUGGCAUUUUUAAAUUCUUCGUGCGGACGUAGGUAACUGUAGUAUAUAGAGCGAAGGGCGACAAAAAAAGAGUUUCUGAAAAAUAAAGGCAAUUCGCGAUGACGGGAGUUUUUAGCGUUAACCGCGCUGCGAUCGCACGAAUUGUGUUAUGAUAAUGGUAAUAAACGAGAUAAAAUGAGCGAUAAAAAAAAAAUAAAAUAAGAAACCCUAUAACAGUUUGGAAACCACUGCGCUUUACGUGUUUAUUUAAGUCUUAUUAUAUUUAUAUUAUAUCGUCGACAAGCGUAUAAAAAUCGCGAAUCUAAUCGAAAAUUUAGCGAAAAUUGUUUAUGAGCUUUUAUUGUUUAACCGACUAUAUACAUUUGUAUGCGUUUGAAUACCAGUCAAAUAUAAACAAAUAAUACGUAUAUAAACUGAUAGUAUUGCUAGGUUGUUUUUUUUUUUUUUUGUGUUAACAUAAAAUUUUUGUAAUUAUCAGUAAUAAAAUAUAGUGUAUAAUAUAUUGACCAUAAUGAUUAAGGAAAUAUAAUGUAAUCAAUUGAUUAAAUGCGAUUUAUAUAGCCGUAUUUGUACUCAACGCACGCAUACAAUAUUCGUAUUUUGUAUACGCGGAUAGUAACUUUUUUUUUUCAAUAUUAAUUCCUGUAGGUAUUUCAAUUUUUUGGACUUGUAAUAGGUAAUAUCUAAUAACCUUUAAACCUUACGAGUAUAAUACUUGACUAUGUGGGUAUUUAUAUUGUGAAAGUUUUUUUUUUUUUUUUUUAGAGAAAAAUAAGUAAUAGUAUAUAAUAUGGGAUAAAUAUAAGAAGAAGAAAAAACGUUUUACGUGAGAACUAUAGAAUAAUAUCGUGAUUUUGUGUACCCCGCAACGUUCGCUGCAGUCGCAUAGGCGUGACAAUAAUAUUGUUAUUCGUAUUAUAUACGAUAUGCUAUCUUGUAUGUACGCCAUUUUAUUUUAUAUUUUGACGUGACCGCAGAGUAUCUCGUUGACAGCGACAGUAAUUUAAUUUAAUAACCAUCGUUUUUUUUCCUCCCUACUAUAUAUAUAUAUAUAUUAAUUAUUAAUCGACGGUUAUAUUAUUUUAUUUUCAUGUAGGUACGUCGAAAAAAAAAAACACAGAAAAAAAAAAGACGAAUCAAGAACAACAUACGUGCGUAUUAUUAUUGUAAAGACGCCUUACGCGGUCACGGUCUAGUUGUCGAGCAGAAAUAUUCGCGUAUUAUAUUAUUUUAAAGAAUCGUGUAAGCUUUUGCCGUUGCCGAUUUACAGAGAUCUAUAUAGGCACGCGUAUAUAUAUAUAUAUAUAUUCGUAUAAACAUACAUACGGAUCUACCGUAAUAAUAUUAUUAUACGUGUGGGACCUCGUGUCGAAUGAUUAAUCGUCUCAGGAUCGUAUAUGUAUAUGUAAUGUAACCCAUCACAAACACACACAAACACACACAUACAGCCUAUAUUGAUGUAUUACGAGGCAAACGCCUGCAAAUAUACCUCUACUCAGUCUACUGCAUCAGAAGCGAACCUUGUUCUGCAAGAUUUCAUACAAAUACACACGCACUGCGUUCGCAUAGAACAGUGGUAGUGUUAGUAGUUGCAAAAUACUAUAUAACCAGAAGACCGUGGGAAACAUUUUGUUUUACGCACUGUAUAAUAUAUAAUAAUAUUAUUAUUAUUAUUAUUAUUAUAUACUAUACACAUAUAUAUAUAUAUAUAUAUAUAUGUAUAUACGUUUUAUAAAUGAAAAAUAACAGCUUACAUAGAGGUACCUUUACGUAUACUAUACGCGCUUUAUGUAAUGUCCUUGUGAGCAGGAAAAAAAAAACCAAACGUUCUCAAAUUUCAUUUAAUACGCGCGAAUAUUACGCGUAUACGAUAGUACCCGCCUAUACUAUGUAUAAUAUAAUCCAUUUCAAAAACUUUCGUUUCGCUUUUCUGAUAAAUAAAAAUUUAAUAAAAAAACUUUCUAUACACUGGAAGUUAUUAUUACGUAUAUUAUUAUGUGUCAAGUAAAACAUUAUAAAACGUUUUAAUUAAUAUUUUAAUUUGCAUAUACAUUUUAUCUAUAUAUUUAAAUAAAAUAAAAACAUUUCAUAACAGCAGCCGUUUACGUACAGUGUACCUGUAUAUCUUUACAUAUCUAUAUAUGAUAUACAUAAAUUUCCUAAUCGCGGUUGUACCUGUACCAAAGUAGCUAUAAAAAAAAAAACGAUAAUAAUUUAAACGCGAAAAAAUCCCUUUUAGACGCACCUUAAUAUACAGAGAGUAUAUUGAAUACAGUACUCUAGCCAGGAUUUAUUUUCAGGGAGGGUGCUUCAGGUUUUGAUAGCGAAGCAAUAAAAACAUAGGUCGGGUUAGGUUAGGUAAAACAUUGAUUAAGUAUACUCGAUAUGAUUAAAAAAAAUGGAACACGUUCGCGUCUCGCAGCUAUAAAAAGAAGAACCACAACCCAUAGAUAAACAAAAGAAAAAUAUGAAUGAACGAAAUUCAACUCAAGAAUCAUUUGCUAAGAGGAAUCGUUGUUUGUUCUUAUCGCGGCAUAUUAUCACUUAUCGUGACUAUCUAUUAACGUAGUAAUACCACUAUAGUAGUUACUUCGAACAGUAUAUUUAUUAUUAUAGCAUAGUUAAUCGUUUUUUAUUAUUUUUAUUUUAUUGGUUAUUAUUUUACCAAAUCAUCAAAUUUUCUUUGUAUCCGGGACAUCGGGUUUCGGGCUAUCACGGCAUCAUACCGAGGCAAUUGUAUUUAGAGGGGGGGGGGGCUUGAACUCGGAAACCUCCUCUGGAUAUGGGGCACUGCAAUAGUAUAUAUUUGUUCUUAUGCUUUGGUUAUAAUGUAUUAUUACACUUAAUCGUCCCGUAUGCGAUACAAUCAAUCGUAUUACAGAUUGUGCAACUCAGAUGGUUACGAUUUUUCAAACGAUUAUCGUAACGUGUAUAUGGUAUUGUUGUACAACUUGUAGUACGACGAGAUCGAACAAGCAUGUAAAUCUAUCGUACAACGGGGUUCCCCGAAUGACAACUCGUAACUUGUGUAAGCUCCAUGACGUCAGGUUUGAUAUAUUUGUAUUUUUUGCCUAUUUUACACUAUUUUCUAUUAGGUUUCAUUUUUCUUUUCUCGGAGUAUCUAGACAACAUUAUAAUAUUAUAUAGUUUCAGUUUUUCUCGAUACGGGAGUCAUGUUUAAGGUUUUAAAAUUAAAAUUAUAUUAUUAUCAUUAUGUCGACAAGUUAUAAUGCAAUGAAUAAUAGAACACAGGAUAACGCACAUAUCAAAACUGGAAGUACUACAACUAUUGUAAUGCUCGAGUGUGUGAGGUAAGGUUAGGUUAGGUUAACUGCAACUACAAGCCAGUCGUAUUGCUGUACGAUUGAUUGUAUGGUGUUCGAGAUGCUUUAUACUACCGAAUCGUAUAAUUUGUAAAAUUAGAACAUUUUUAAAAUCUAACAGCGUUUAUUCGCGGUGGAUAUUUUAACAUCGAUCGUUGCGAGGUAGAACUUAUAUGGGCUUACAAUGAUGUGUGUUUCUGGUUAAUAUUAUUAUUAUUAUUUUUUAUACAUAUUCGAAUAAAUUAUUUGAACAGAAAGUGUGCACAGUUAUAUUUAUACGAGUAUGAGCCCAUUUUGGGGUAAAAAAAUUCGAUCUAUAGUUUUUGUAGGAACUAACUAGUUAAAAAAAAAAAAUGAUUAAAUAAUGCAAAAACAAAAAAAACAAGUAAAUACAUUGUUACAACCAUAUUGUUAAUAAGCUGAUUUGUAAUAAUAUUCCAAAUAUAAUAUUUUAUUAUUUUUUCGAUUCCUUACUUAAGUAUUAAUAAAAAUUAUUAGGUUAUUAUUCGAUAAAAAAAGAUAUUCUUAUAUUUUUGUCUAUAACUAUAUAAUUUGAAUAAAUCUCGAAAAUCGUGAAUGAAAUUUUUUAUGAGAACAUUUAAAAUAUGAAUUUUAAACUAUCAAAAAUCAUUAUUCGCACUUUUUUAUUUUUGGAAGCAGCGCGAUAUUAUUUGUAUAAAAAUGUAAUAAUUUCUAGUCAUUUUAUUAAGAUUAUUCGAUUUAUUAUAAUGUACAUUUGGACCAUUUCAAAUUUUUGUACUUGGAAUAUUCAACAAUUUUUUUUCUAUAAAUGUGUUGUCAGUUAAAAUCUUUCAAUAUAUUUUUGUACUUGAUUCGACAUUUAGAAUUAUUAUGAAUAAUAUUAUCUUAAUAUAAUUUUUGAUUUCUUUUUUAUGUAUACCUAAAUUUAGUGUGUACAUUUUAUUACUUCUUUGAUGAAAAUAGCAUGCUAUCUGUAAAGAUGAGAUUCUUUCAAAAUUUGUUUUCUAAUUUUAAUAAACAAGUUGUUAAGAAUAAAUUAAAUAAUAUGUAAAUUAUUUUUUAAGUAGGUACCCUACUAUACGAUACUGGUUUUUAUUUCUAUUAAAUAUAUUUAUAUUUUCAAAACUACACAAGAGUAUAUUAUGUAAAAUAUAAUUUAAUAUUGAUAUCAUUUGGACAUUUUGGACCAAUAAUGUCUAUUAGGGGGAGGUUAUUUUUAUCGUACUUAUAAAAAACUUACGAAAAACUAAAAAAAAAAAAAACAUCAUAUCAGUUAAGCGCAACACUGAUUUUUUAUAAAAAUCAAUUGUAGUAUUUUGUCGGUACUUUUGGCGCCUACAAAAGAUCAUCGUAUUAUAAGUACGUCUUGUUAUAUUGCUGGUAAAAUAAGGUUUUUUAAAACAUCGAGCUUUCACUAUAAAUUUUUUCACGUUUCACAUCGUAUUGCAAGAUCACAACGUUGGUGUCGUAUUUUCAUUAUGAGUAACUUGUAAAUCUUCUUUUUUUUUUUCUUAAAACAAACCGUUUAAAUUAUUUGGAUUUUUCAAAACAUAGCAAUAAUAGUCUAUUAUUCCAAUGAAAAAAUAGCGCGAUAAACGGGUCCCUGGUAUAGUAAAACAUCGCCUUUUAACAUUUUUAAUCAUCAGACAUUGACAGACACAAAAACUGUACACGGUUCACACUGCUACGCAUUUCACGGGGUUCAAUAUUGCAGAGUUUCGUCGGUUAAAAUAAUAAUUAACUAUUAUGUCGAAAAACUAUGGGCGCUCAACGUGUUUAAGUUCAAUUCUAUUUUUAUUUUUUUUUAUUUUUACAAAAUUAUUUCCUAAAACAAUUGAUUCUAUAUUUCGCCCGCAACACACACACGUCGCCGUCCACGCCGCGCAGUUCAUAGUGUAACAAUUAAAACGUUUCUCAACGUCGUCGCCGUCACCGUCGUCGUCGGGCGGGUCGUGGUACACGAUACUAAUCGUGGUCCUGCGGGAAAACAAUAGAAACCGACCCAGUAUUAUUUCGGUAUUUGAAAUAUUACACCGGGUAUUGUUUCGGGUGUUGCGAAAUUGACGCCGUUGUUUAAUUGACCGUCGUCGUGAACUAUACGCGCGAACAAUGGUGCCCCCCUCCCCGAAUUAUACUCUCGGGCAUCAUAUUAUUUUAUAUUUUUAUAUUAUAAACGAUCAUCUCGUGCGUUUUUUUUUUCUUCAAAUUAAUCAAAACCAUAUUUUAAAUAGAUAUGAUAUAUUAUUGGCAACUUGAAAUAUUUUAAUUUGUGAUUUUUAAAAGCAUAAAGUACAUAUUAUAAUAAAUAAUACUGUAAUGAUACUUUUAACCUUCCAAGGACGGUCGUUAAUAAGAAAAGUUAAUUUUCGCUCACGUUUUAUUUAGGUACGCGUAAAAAUGUUCGUCAAACGAAAAUAAUAAUUAUAUACACGGGUACCGGUUAUAAUAUAUUGACAUUGUUCUCAAAUGAACUUUUACACGUUUUAAAUAUAUGUUUUCAUGAUUGCACAUACUAAAUUACUUAAUAUAAUAUAUUAUGUAGAAACUGAAUAUACAUUUUUACAGUGCCUUAAACCAUAAAAAAAAAGUCAAUGUUGGUGAUACCGAAUGAAUAAAAUUUUAAUGUAGAACUUAAUAAUUAAACUUCCAGUUAUUUUUAAAUGAAAUAUUUAAUUUUGUUUUUGUUAUGUAUAAAUUAUAAUGACGUUAUAAUAUAAUUCGUUGAAAAUUAAUUGGGCGUUUAUGGGACAAGACUUCAAAAUAAUUGUAUAAAGAAAAAAGUUUUUUUUUUUUUUACUGUGAUACCCACUGUAUUGUAAAUUGAUAAAUCUUUAUAUAAUAUUACCACCUACAUAAUUGUUUUUAGUGAUUUAAAAAAAUUAUUUUACUUAAAAAAUAUAUAGUUAUUUUAUUGUGUUGGCUAAAUGAUUUUAAACCGCAUCAAUAUUACUGCAAGUACCUAUUGUAAACUACUACUUCGGAACUAUCUGUGUAAAGCUAUAAAACACAAAUUUUUAGUUUUAUUCGAACCAUUGACCUUGUUAAUUUACUCUUCUAGUGCAUAAAGACAGCUCUAGUAGCAAGCAAUAGAAAACCGAUAAUCAUUGCUAGUGUUUUUUUUCUUGUCGACUGGAGGAGAACAACUAUAAUACCCGGCGAUCCGUGUCGGCCUACGAGUGCUGAUGAGAAAAAUAAAACGUAUUUUCAACAAUAUACUGUUGGUUUUUUAUCGGUCAACUACACUGCUGCAGUGUUGUAUAACAAGUGCAAAAUAUUUAUACAAUAAAUGUUCGACUGAUCCACGAGAACUGUAAAUAAAAUACAAAAAUAUCGAAGAGAAUUAAACCGAAUGGCAUGUAUAAUACACUUAAGAGAAAGAUCGAUAAAAAAACAGUUUGCUAUUUAAUAUAUAGCUGCAAUCUAUAACAGAUCAAAAGAUUUUCGCAUAUUUGUAGUUUUAAUUUUUGUAAUCGACAAAAUGAUAAUUGUAUCUGUAUAACAAAAUCUAACAACAUGAUGAUAAUAUACCUGGAUAUAAUACUAUUCACUAUAAUAUUUUCGAAGUAGUAUUAUAUUAUACUCGAGUAUAUCAGUAGUGAAAGUAAACGGAUUAUUUAUAAAUUUAAAAAAAUACCAGUAGAACUACAUUUGGCAAUAGUUUUAGUUCAAUUGCAGAACUGAACGCAUAUUAUACAUAUAUGCAUAAUAGAAACAUCACUGGAAAGAUUCACUUUUUCCCGUUGCAGUCGAUAUUACUUCAUAGUAUAGUCAUCACUCAUCAGAUAUAUACCUACGUGUAUUAUACAUAAUAACGGUUUAGAUUGCCACAACACCGGCGUGUGGUUUUCGAUGUAUAAUAAUAAUAAUAAUUUAAAUCCGCGUGAGAAAUAAGCAAUAAUUCCACGAGGUUUACUGUAGAGGAGAGAGAGUGCAUAGGCACAGAGAAAAAAAUGAAAUCUUUCUAUAAUUCUACAUAUUAUUAUGAAAAUUUUUGGGAUAUAAACGUUACAGAAAUCAUAAAUUAAUUUAAUCUUUUAAAAUCAAUUUAUUAAUAAGCUUCGUCAAAAGUCAAUUGAUAAACGAUAGUAGUUUUAGACAAUUGAUAAUAUUGAGCACUAAUAAAUUAUAUUAUUAACCACCCCUCCCCUUCCAUAUAGGUAUUAAUACGGAUUGAAUUCGACUUGAUCUACGAAAACGAUUAAACAAAUGGUUUGAAAGUGUCAAACCUAUGCGUAUUGAAAAAAAGAUUUUCGUUCAUUACAUUUUACGUACUACGAUUUUUUUUUUUAUUAAUUUUAAUUAUCAUAAUAAUUAUUUUAUUGAGUUUUAGUAAUAUAAAUAAUUAAAUAUGUUCCCUUCAAAUAUGAAGACGAUAAAUACUUUAAAAUGUAUGCCGUUUAACGUCCUACGCGUUAUCAUUAUUUAUGAUGUAUAAUUUGAUUAGGUACCUAUAUAUAUUACAUAGGUUUUUUUUUGCCGAACUUUAAAUGUAGACUGAACGCGGGGUCGUUUACCUACAACAGGAUUUUUGUUCAUACUGUAUCAUCCGUACAGCAUAUUUAAGAUUAUCUCGUGUCACUCGAUAAGGAAUCGAGAGAAAGUGGAUAAAAAUGUUUUAUUUAACAGAAACUCAUUGUUUUUACUUAUAAUCACUACUAUACUUAAUCGUUUUUGACUGAAAAUGAUUCUUUUUUUUCCACUACACAUAUAUAAUACAUUAUAUUUAUUAAUAUAUUGUUUAACUAACAAUAAAAUUAAUAAUUUAAUAGUAAUUUAAUUUAGUUUAAUAUUUAUAUUUAGUAUAUAUAAUUAAUCGAACAAUUAAUUUAUGUUAUUUUUUUUUUUAUUUGUUUCAGAACACAUACGAUACGAAUUCAUAAGAGUAUAA